GGAGCGCGCCGGGCUUCUCUCACGGUAUGCUGGGAAUUGUAGUCCCGCCGGGUUUUUUUCCUGCGUCUGCGUACGCCUCCUCCUCGUCGUCGCUCCCGGCUCCCGCCUUCUGCCUCGCGCCCGCUCGCUUCGCCUUCUCCUUCCGCCUUUGUUGUGCGCGUGCGUCUUUCGCGCGCCUGACUUUGGACAGAAGCCGCCUCAGGUUGGACUUGGACUGGCUGCCAUCUUAGGCGAGGAGCCGUCGCCUUUCUAGCUGGUGAGGAGCUUGCUGUGUGUUCUUCGGGCUGCCUCGGUAGAGGAGCUGGGCCCGCGGGGGCGGGGUGGGGGAAAGAAGGCUUUUCUUUCUGGGCCUGCGGCGAGGCCGAGGCCGAGGGAGGGGGCGUCUAAGGCAGGGCGGGGAGCUCAAGGUAGGCCUGGCUUGCGAAGGGUGGGCGGCGAGAAGGGGAAGGCUGGCAGCAGGUGCAGCAGCCUCGCUUAGGGGGAGGGAGGGGGUGCGGUGGGUGGGGUCCUGCCCUAUAUCCUUCGAAGGGGAAGGGGAUUCCGUUCUCCCCUCCCUCUCCCUCUCCCCCACCUCCAGCCUGUGAGCUCAGUGCCUCCCCGCUUUACCUGUGGACUGAGAGGCGUUCACAGCUUCAGACUGAGGGGUUUGGGGAUGAUGGGAGACACCCCCUCCCAUUACGGCCUCUUCUCCCUUCCUCUCCUGCUAUGCCGUCGGUAGGCGUUUUCUUUCCCCCUUCACUGAAGUUGUUCGCAGGGAUUGUGCACUCAAGAUGGCUUAAUUUUCUUCUCGGUCCCCCUUUUCGCGACCUUGUGUUGUCAGGAUGACAGAGGCCCGGUGGGUGGGUGGGAUGGAUGGAGGUGUCCCGAGGUGGGUGGCCCUUUGGUCUGGGACGCAAAGCUGGGGGGUUGUAUGUGUGACCCGAAGGUUCCCAGCCUCAGGGAAACACUCCAAUGCUGUUUGUGUAAAGUACAUGCUGUAGUUAUGUGUAUCCUUUGCUGCUUUCCACACCUCUUGGCUCUUUUCACCCAUUCCAGUUUCGUUAGCAUUUAUCGGUAUAUUGUUUCCUGGAUUGUUCUUAUUCUCGUUGGCUUCUGUAUAUCUCUGUCAUCUAGCGGCCAUAUCGGGACAGCACCGGUUGUUAAAUACUGUACAGGGAAUGCACUCUCUUCUCUUCCACCUGCUACUUUUUAAGGAAGCCAAGCAGAUCCUGCUGUUUAGGUCAUUUGGUUUGGAUGGCUGGGUGGGGGAUGAUGUUUUGGAACUCUUAGCUGUGAAAAUAUUGUACAUUUCAAAAGGUGUAGUACAGCCCUGACCAACUGAGACUCUCUUGGCUUGUGUCCCUGUGUGGUUACAAACACAGUAUCCCCUUGACGCUUUAAUGGUGUUUGCCUUUGCAAAUAUACAUGUUGCAUCUAUACCUGUGGCAUAAAGGGUGGAUUGGCUUUUGCUAGAUGGCUUUAGGUCACCUUAUGGGGUUAUUGUGAGGCUAAAGUGCUACUCUUAAGUUUAGAACAGGCAAGAGAUAAAUAUAAUGAAAUGAAGUACAUAAUUGAUAAUGAAAGUCAUUAAUCUAAAGUUGAGGAUUGUUAGCAACGGUUGUGUCUGUUGUUCCAGUUAAAAAGGCUGAACUGCUUUUAAAUUCAGAUACAGUUUGUGAAUAUUAAACACUGAACAGCAGAGCCUUAAUCUUACAGGAUUUGGAAUGGGUAGAGAUGGUGCUAAAUAUUUUAAAUUAUUUCAGACAUUAAUGGGAAGGUUUUGAAAGCUUUAUACUACCACUUAUAACAGUUCAUUGCAGCAAAUGUGUGGUAAGAGUUCCUUGGAUGCAUAUUACACUGUAAGGAAGGGAAUUGCUAUAUGGACAUAAAGCCAUUCUAAUGGUUACUCUAAUGUUACCCCCUCUGAUUCCAAUGUUUCAUGUUACUGUUCAUAAGUUUUCAGCCAUUCAGCAAGAUUCUGUGCAGAAUUCAUUUGACCUAAGUCUCUUCAAAUCAGGUGACUUGUUAGGCUCUACAAUGACAAAUUGAACGGGAAGGUUGCAAUCCUGUACAUACUUGGGAAUUGGCCCUAUUGACCACAACAGAUCUAUUUACAACCUGUUUUGUUCUUUUCCUGUUAUUCUUUACUCAGUAAUUUUGUAGUUGUGCUUGAAAGAUUGCCUCGCUCUCUAGGGACCUUGUGCUACAAGUUGGACAAGAAAUGUUAAAAGAUGAAUACAACAGAAUCUUGAGACACCUUUACUUGUAACCACUUGAAAUAAAGUUACAAAUGUUUGAGAAACAGUACCAAAAGAGGGGAAUAUGUCUUAAAACAGAAAUUACUGUAGUCAGUAGGACUUACUGAAUCACUGGUAUAAGUCUAAAACCAACUGCACUUGCAUCCUGAUCCUGUACAUGCUUACUAAGAAGUCAGUCCCAUUAAGGGUGACUUGUUUCUUUUUUUGUAUGCUUAUGUUUGGGGCCUUACUUUCAGGUGCACUUGCACUGUAAGUUGUACUGAGUUAGGUGGCUUUUACUCCUCAGUAAAUUGCAAACUUUAUCUUGCAGCACUGCAAAAUAUUUUAAAUACAUAGGAAGUCUGAAAAAAGCUUGUGAAUUAUUAUUGAAAAUACAUUUAAAAAUGGAUUUAAAUUGUGGACAAGUCAUUUAAAAAGAAAGUUCUACUCAUAAAUCUUCGCUCCAAGUAAAGGUAUUUCAUUCUGCAGUCUUAAGUUUAGCACUUUUUGUUAUUACAAAGCAUAUGAACGAUAAAUUGAUAUUCAUGUAAAAAUAGCACCAUAAAGCCUGAAUUUGGAAACUGAAAACAGACAUGGUUUUGUAGGUCUCAUCAAAAAUUACUUGUGUUCUGAUUCAUUUGGCAGCUAACAGGCAAAUAUUUAUAAUGGAUGAAUGCCAAUAACACACAAUGAUGCUGUUGCCAAAACAAAGUUGUUUUGUAAAAGAGGCCAUUGAAAUUGUGAACUAAAUAAUCUUGUAUUGCAUAUUGGGUGUACACAAAUGUCUUGUUCACACAUUGCAUUAGACCACAGUUUAAAGUGUUUUGAUUACGGUGCACACCGCUCAAAAGUUCCUGUGCCUGACAGACAGGGCAGGAUGGCAAUAACUAAUAACAAUUAGUAUUGAGGCAUACUGCCUCUGAAACUGGAGGUUCUGAUAGCUGUCAUGGCUAAUAGCUUUUGAUAGACAUAAUUAUCCAUGGAUUCUGGAGACUUAUCCUCCACGAUGAUCUAAUUCUGCUGUAAUGAAAUGUUUUAAAGCCAUUGGAACCAAUGACCAUUGCUUUACUUCGUGGUUUUCACUUUGUGGAAAUAGGCUAUAUAGAAUAGAUAAGGUGAUGGUCUUUGUUGGAUCAAUAUCUAUUGGUAUAGGAGCAAAACAUAUUCUUUGGAAUUCAGCAAAGGGCAAAUCUAUGGAAUGCUGUUUGUGAAAACUAUGCUAAUACACAAGAAGGUGUCCUCAAAUACAUUUGUUAGGAUGCUUGAAAACUUUUUGUUUUGAAAAAUGGUACAUUCAGAAACAGAUAAGAGAAGGUGGCAUAUCUUUAAAAGGCAUAAUGUCUCCCCCACUUCAUAGAUAGUAGAUUACUUUGUUCAGUGGUAUUUGGCACUGAUUCUGAAACUGCCAGGCGAUGACACGUAUAAUGAUAGGCUUUGUCACUAGGAACUUGUCCAAUGCAACCAGAUAAUUCCCAAGCUUGUUGUCCUUAUGCUCAUUAUGGACCUACAGAUUGUGAAAUUGGUUUGUAAUUAUGAGAAAUUUGCUGUACAGUACCUGUUUGUUCUUACCUCAAAUAUGAAAAGCAUUUAUAUAAAGGAACAGGAGCAGUUGUUUGAAUGUUCCCACUGAUCUUUAUUGCAGUGUCAAUGUUUCUUUAAAUAUAAAUGUUAAUAAAUAAAUAAACUCUUCCAGGCUACAGGCUCAUUGUGAGCACAGGUUUAAACUUGAAGACCUUCUGCAUUCAGGUAUCGUGAUUCAGGGUCUUUUUCCUAUAAAGGGAAAAGUAUAUACAAACUCAAAGGCCAGAUGAAAGAGGUUUAUGAAAUUUAUUUCCAGAAAAGUAUUUCUGUCUAACUUGUUAAUUCUGUCCCAUAGUACAUUGUUUUCUAAAUUUGUCUGAUUCCCUUGUCUUCUGAGGUGCUGUUUAAGAAAAUAACAUUAGAAUUGUAACUUUAUCCUUGAAAACUUCGUUUUUAGGAUGUGUAAAUAGUAUCUGCCUCAAAGGACUCUAUCCUCUAGCAAUCUGUGUGAACCACUAUAUUCUAGAUGUACAUAUUGAUUAAAAGAGGCUAGUGCCAGAGCAACAACUAAUGCAGAGAUGCAGCAUGGACAUUCUCUGAGGGAUUAUAAUUCCCACUGCGUUGGGAGUGAUUGGAUAAUCCAGUUGUAGAUUACAGAGAAGUGGCAGAAUUACCUGACCCCAGUGGAAGCUGUUUCGAAGGAGGCAAGGCCAAAGCAUGCAAAGAUGCACAGGUUGGUUGCCUUUAUGGGUGGGCACUUCAGAUUCUCGGUCUUCAGCUGCUUAAUUUAUAUCCCAUGAUAAAGUAGCAGAUUCAUAUAUUUUCAGCUGUAUGGCAAGGUUUUUUCUUUCAGAUGUUUGAAUAGGGAUGACAGCAUCACAGUUGGAAGCAAAACUUGAGAACAUCAGAGAAAAGUACUCUUGCAAGAGAAAACAUUAACAGGAUAGAUUUCUGAUGAAUUCAGUUAUUAGGAAUUCUGGGUGUUUGGACAAGGCUGAGAAAAAUAUUAUAAACUUUAAGCUCAUACACCUUUUUUUUUUUUAUUAUGACUAGCAUCCACCAAGCCAUAUGUGGAGUAGACCUGUUGAAACUGAUGGAUUUCAAUUAGUCACAACUUAAGUCCAUUUAUUUUCAUGGCUCUAUGAGUAUGGCUUGACUGGAGGUUUGCAGGGGAAAAAUAGAUGAAAUAAGUGGGCCAACCUCUUCCCCAACUGUCCAAUGAAUACUGACCGUAUUUUGGACAUGUAAUUCUGACUACUGUGGGUAAAUAAUGGGAGGAGGAAUAAAAUGGAGUUCAUUUUAUUAUUUUAUUUAAUUACAGUUAUACCACUUUUAUCUUUAGUGCUUGUGUCCAUGUUGAAUCCUGUUGAAAUCCCAGGUACUGCACAGGGUUCCACUUAUAAGCAUUAGUUUGUAGAAUGGAGUCUUGGUAAAGAAUUUGGUCUGCUGUUGUUCACAAAUUACAUAUUUCUUGUGGGAUAUGCAUGCAAGUAAAACUAACCAGAAUAAGUUAUUCUGUCCUCUUCACUUUGAAUUAUAAUAACCUCAAGUUACUCUGGAGUACAGUAAAAACUUGUUUUCCUAUAUUUUGGCUGCAAUUGAAUUUUUAAACCAAGGUUACAUAAUGCUUAUUACGAUCAUGAGGAAAAAUGCAGUUAUACCUGCGCAGUUGGAUUUUCCAGUAGUGUUCAGUGUACAAAAGAAAUGUUAUCUUUUUAAAAAUAUAUCAAUUUUUAAAAACAAGAUAGCAGCAACCAACCCAUGUAAUAUACUAUUUGUUACAAAGAGCUCAGAACAGCAUAUAUAUUCCCAAGGCUAUUUGUCAUGGAGGCAAUGCUUGGAACUCAUCUACUUGACGUAGAGAAGAGCACUAUUGAUAGCUACUAACCAUGAUGACUAUGCUCUGUCUCCACAGUUGGAAGUAGUAAUGGUUCUGAAUGCCAGUUACUGGAAGCCGUAGGAUCCUGUGCUCUAACUCUGCUUAUGGGUUUCCCACAGGCAUCUGGUAGGCCACUGUGAUGCUGAAUUAGAUAGGCCAUUGGCCUGAUCCAGCAGGCUCUUCCUAUGUUCUGAUGGCAAUGACAGUGGUGGGGGUAGCCAAUGUGGUGCCCGGCAGAUGUUUUGGUCUAAACUCUUAUCAUACUGGGAGUCCAACAAUGUCUAAAGGGGACUAUGUUAGCUAUUCCAGCUGUAUGUUAUAGCUUCACUGCAUUUAUAUGGCAAUUUUAUACUCUUAAUACACCAUGAAUGGAGAUAUGCCAAUACUAGGUUGGCAGAUGACCACUAUGUUCUAUAUGUGGUCAGCUUCAGAGGGAUAGGGAACGUACAAGAAAGAGAAAACAACACGGUGUCAAAACAACAUACAUACACAGAGAACUGUGCUGACAGCAACACACAUAUGCCAUCCCACUCAGAGGGAUGAACAUAGGAUGGUGAGGAUAUGCCUCCAGCACACACUACAUGUAAGAUAAUGCUAAAGUAUUUCCACUUCAUCUGCCCUGGUUGCACAGCCACCAAUAUCUCUGCUGCUUCUGGCCCCAUGCAUCCUUAUAGGCUGGAGUCUGAAUCCUUGUAUGUCACUCACAACCAUUUUUGGAAGAACAGCACAUACAAAGGGAGGGAGGACAGUCCAUGCAAAGCAACAUUGAUGUAGUUUCCUGGGCCUCCAGAGAACAGGACACAGCCCUCCCUAGGACAAAGUUUCAAGACCAAAUGAGGAGGGGAAGUCACUGUUGCCAAGAAUUAAAGCAAAGUGGCCAAAACAUCCAAUAAGACAGGCACACACUAACUGCUGCAAUCAUUCUUCAACAGCUCCCUACAUAAGGUUAGGAAGCACAUAAUGGGAGUUUGAGCCCCAUUAGGAGGAAGGGGCAAAUAUGUUCCUACUCACCUUUUGCAUGCCUGGCAAAAUAACAUAAAAUCAUAAUCAUGGCAAAAGAGGGAGCUCCUGGGAUUCCCAACCCACAGUUCGAGCUCCACAAAGUGUUCACACUCAACUUCAGCAGCAAGACAGGCAUCAGACAAACCAUGGGUCAUUGACAUCAUCCCACUGCAGCCCAUGGAUCAGAUGUUACGAUCACUGGGACUGCAAGAUAAACCCUAAACCCAAGCAGCUUGUUUUCUAUAUUAGCUGUGGAGAACCUUUCAUGCACAAGUCUGAUUAGCAUGUCAGUCCUCUGAAUUUGGGCCAUGUGGUCAUUUUGUACAAAUCAGGCCUAUAUGUCAGUCACUUGAGGACAGGUGUGGAUAUUUUUUUAUCUCCAAUCUAAGCAGUAAGACAUCUUUUUUUCUAAACAUCACAGCUCUAAAGCUGGAGAUGAGCCUUUGGCCACUCCCACACCUUGAACUGUCUCAUAUGGUAUCCCACAUGUCAACCAUAUGUCAAAAUUAACUGGAGAGUGGGCCAGUUCUGGAGUCCGUCCUCUGGGUGGAUCCAGUUCCCUACUCCCUUUUUACAUCCUCAAGGCCCCUUGUUUGAAUCCAGGUGACAACUGCACACUCAAAAAGGGUUGGACUGCUAUACCAGGCACACUAGCCAGUUAGGAGAUGUUCUGCGUGGAGCAAUAGCCUGCCUCCUAUAUGGACCACUUAGCCCCUUUUUCUCAUCCUUCUCCUUGGUGACCUAUGUGAUACCUCCUCUUCCUCACAUUUUGCCUGAUGGGGAAGGAUCAUAGGUUGGUGUACAUCUGUUUUGCACAUUGAAGAUCCCAGGUUCAAUCUCUGGUAUCUCCAGGUAGGAUAAGAAAUGCCUUCUUUUCUGAACCCCUAGGAACACUGCCUGUGAGAGUAGACAACACUGAAUUAGAUAAACCAAUGGCUUCUUUACCCAGUAUUAGGCAGCUUUGUAUACUCCUAGCCUUGCCAGGUAGCAUCCCAGUAGACAUAAAUGCCCUUCCCAGUCCUCCAGCCAUGUAAAAAAUCAAAACCCAAAACAGAUGGCCUUGUGACAGUCUGGCAGAGCAGGGCUCUCAUAUUUCUGGGAACCUUGUGAGCAGAGAGUUGGGCCUACCGACCCUGAGACCAUUCCUUAUGAUCCCAUCCUAAGGUCCACUGAAGCCCCGUCAUACUAUGCUCUAGAAGAGGAAUUCUCUUACCACUUCCUAUCAACAAAGACACAUGGCAAAACGUGGCAAUGCCAAAGCCUUGACUCACAGGCAGUUUUAAUUUCACUGCGGGGCCCACAGGACCUGGAUGUUGGGUCCUUGUGUUAGGCCUAAGGCAGCAGUCCCAGGGAGUGACCUUCAAUGGUUCAGGCCUCCUGCAUGGACACUAUUACAGUUCUUCAAAGAAAAAAAUAAAAUAAUAAUUUUUCAGCAAGGGAGUGGCCAUGUUGUGUUUAUUUUUUCCUGGGGUGCUCUUUUUGCACUAGCUGCCAGGGAGGUAAGCUCGGGGUCGGGCCUGGCCUAGGCCAUGCAAUUCCUUGCGGCUUCCUUGACCCUCCAGGUACCCUCCUACCUCUCUCCCUUGGUGGUGGCGGCAGUGGCGACAGUAAGCUGGUGCUUGGCUGGGGGGUGGCUCUGUGGCCGUGAUGCUCUGGCAGAGCAGCUUUUAAACUGUUGGGGGGGGGGGGAGGAAAAGCCCACAGGAGCUGAAUAGGGUUUGGAGCAAAUCUCACUCGAAUGACGAUGAUAAAAUUAAUGAAAAUUUAAAUGUGGGAGGUAUACAACUCAGCACUGUGAAUGCAGGAGCACAUGAUUGCAGUUGAGAGAGGAGAAAGCAUCGUAGAUCAAAAUGGAAGUGCCAAAGACACUUGAAGAGUGAGUCUUGUAUAUUCUCUGUGUUUAUACGUCUGCUAAUGUUAGAAGAGUCCAAGCCAGUGUGGGUUAACUGAGGUGGACUGCAGAGAGCCAAUGAGGCACCGUUACCUCUGCUGCAACAUGUAAGUGUUGUUAAGCCAACUGGGAGCAGAGAUCAUAGUGUUCUUAAAUUAAAUAUACUACAUAUAAACAGUCAAUCACCAAGAAAAUCUGACACAGUAACAUUUGAUUUCAAAAAAUGAGACUUCCCCAAAAUGAGUGGCUUGAUAAAAUGGAAGUUGAAAGGCAAAGUCAAGAAGGUCAGAUCAGAUCACUCCAGAAUGCUUGGGAGCUGUAUAAAAAUACAGUCUUAGAAGCUCAGGAAAGAUACCAUGAGUGUGAAGAGGAUGCCAAUGUGGUUAACAAGUGGAGUCAGAGAAGCUAUUAGAGGCAAGAAGGCUUCCUUCCAGCCAGGCAAUCAUGCUUCUGGUAUAUUCCAUUAGCUCUGUUCUGCCCAAUUUCCAUUUGACCCCCCCCCCCCAGUUGCAUUCAGUGUUAUCUGGCCUGUGACAAAGGGUCCUCAGUGGACUAGGUUUUGGGAUGGGGAGAUUUUUUUGCUUGCUUUUUUCUACUUCUGCAAACAUUGGGUUUCUCUCAACCAUGCUAAUACUUCCUGUUCCAGUUAUGUAACUGGAUGUCAAUGGCGAAGUUUAGGAAUAUAGGAUAGCAAUUGUUCAUAUUUAUUCUUUCAUUAAUAUUUAUUAAAUUUCUAUAUUGCCCUUCAUCUGAGGAAUAGAGGGUGGUUUACAAUAUAAAAAUACAAAAAUACAUACAAUAGUAAAAAACAAAAUGCCCAUCAGGUUAAAAGGCUAUAGAUUGUUUCAUUAGCCAAAGUCCUGGGAGGAAAGGAAUGUUUUUGCCUAAAGAUAUGUAACGAAGGUUCCAGGCAAACCUCCCUUAGGAUAGCAUUCCUCAUGCAUGGAGCUACUGCAGAAAAGGCCUGUUCUUGUGUUGCCACCUUCCAAAGCUCUGACAGGGGAGGCACAUGAAGAAGGGCCUCUGAUGAUGAUUGCAGGGUCCAGGUUGUUUCAUAUUGGGAGAGGCAGUCCUUGAGCUUUUGCAGUACUGGGCCAUUUAAGGCUUUAUAGAUCGAAACCAUCACUUUGAAUUGGACCAGGAAACUAAUUAUUUAAUAAUAAAUAAAAUUAUAAUUAUUCUGGUGGAAUGAUCCUAACUUUUAGAGUUGUUCUGAUUCCUGCCAGUAACAAACGUGUAUGCUAGAGUCACUGUCAGGAAAAGCAUUUUGCUCCACCACCCCCGCCCUAAUCUAGCAAUCACAUCCUCAAAUAUCACUUAGGAAGCAAAGGAUAUUUCCGAAAUUUGCCUUCUUACGGCUCUUCACACAUCAGCUGUACAAAGUUUGCUUUGCCCUUGGUCCCUUUGUGCUGAUUGUUGGCCUCUUACUAGAAUGUUACUGAACAGUCAGUUACAUCACACCACCUCAAGCAAUUGUAGACAAUUAAAAUUUCUAUGAUACCAAACCCUUGGUCAGUAGUGAGGGCUUGUAAAUUAAAUUAGUAAAAGAUAAAGAUAAAUUAGUAGGUAUCUUCUAGCCAAUCAGUUGUUGUGCUUUGAGAACAAGACACUGUAAGCCAUAGGCUUUCAUUCCCUCCUCCUCCUCCUGGAGUUGGAUUGUUCAGACCAUAGUUAAGAUUAACUACAGUUUGUCUGGGAUCAGACAUUACAACAUGUAAAGUUCAAGCUUUAAUGUGACACCUAUUGUUAUUACCACCAUAGGUACUUUGAAACAGCAUCCAUUCAAGGUAUUUCCUACUUCAAAUAUAUGUGCUAAAUAUAUUUUAUACUGAGUAAAAUUGACACACGUCUGCAGUUCAUUCUCCACCUUCUGACAUUCAAUAUAAAAUGAAACAGGAUAUUAAGAGUAGAAGACACUUAAGUGCCAAGUAGUCUUUACUUCUGCCUUUAAAGAAGGCACUUGCUGCAUCUUCUGUUUUAUAUAGUGCAUUUAAAAAUAGACAAGUGUGACAGCCUUUAAUCUGUUUGCUACUCACCUAUUUCUUUGGCUAGAAAACGUUUGUUCAAUUUAAACCUAAUCUCCCAGUUUAAGCUUGUUAAUUAGUUUUCCAUGACGAUUGCAUGUAGGGGAGAUAAACUCAUAAGCCUGCUUAUUAACAGUAUUUUGCCUAUUUGCAACUUUUUUAAAAUAAAUACCUUUCAACUAAGUAUAAUCAGUUCCUUCAGUCUUUGACAUCUUUUUAUAUGCUUUACAAUUCCUCAUGUAAAGUGAGGAUGCUGAAAUUUGGUGAACAGAUGCGGCUAAAGCUUUCAGAAUGGCCAUAUUAUAGAUGAAGUUAAUAAAUUCGACAAUUAACUCAAAAUGAGUUAUUUGCAACACUAUUUGGGGUUAUUUAUCAACCUUAAUCCCCCCCACUUCAGUAUGGCAGCCAGUUUGGGUACCUCAGCCCAUUUUAUUUCCCCCUUUCCCUAGUCUCCAUCCCCCAAACAGUAAGCCAGCACUGUAUGGCCACUCAGCCUUCAUUGGCCUAUUUUGGGUCCCCAGUAAUGCUAGUGAUACCUCCCUUGUCUGUGUGGUUAGUGCUGUUUUGGCUACUUAAAUACUGGCACUUAGAGAAUGAGUUUUCCAUUACUUGUAUAGGUUGAUGGUGAUGUUUCAGGGCUCACUACAGUCUUGAUUGCUAAACCUAUCAAUUACAGUUGUGAAAGCUCUUAAAGAUUCAAAAUCUGCAGACUUGCAUAAUAGUGAGCAUCAGAAACUUCUCCUUACCUAAUGUUUUAGGGUUAUUGGAUGCUUAUAUGAAGCAUUUCCUUUUAUAACUGUUUCAGAUGACUAAUCUCCUACCAUGAUGAUCAUGUGGUAUAAGUCAUGGGCAAAGGAGGUCCCGAUUAGUUGAAUUACUGAGGCCCAUGCACUUCAGAGGAGCGUUUUUUUUAACCAAGUGAAAUGUGAUGCCCUUGAACUGGUUCAGACAAUUUUGCCACCAAUGGGUUAUGUUAAAUAGAGAUCACUGCAUGGCAUAAAACUCAGCAUCUGAAUUCACCAUUAGGUUAAUAAUAACAAAUAGUAACUUUCUCUGUCUGUUGUAUUCCUUUCUGUUAAAGAUUCACACAGGUCUCCUCCGUGGUGCUGUCAGACACUAUAGCUAGAACAUUAACCUAUGGUUAAUUUUGACAAGUUGAAAGUAACUUCUAAUUGUCUCUGUCUUUUCAGAGAUAAUAAAACAGGUUGCGUGUCUCUGCUAAAUAGGAAUUACUUCAUAUGACUGAAAUAAGCCCAGAGGCUUUCCUCUUAACCAUAGGGACAAAUAAAGCUAGGUUGUGAAAAUGCUUUUUUAACCAUCACAGAGUUUUCUUAAAGUAGGUAAAUUAGAGCUGUGCAUCCCAAGAUAGGCUGGUUAUAUUCCUGGCCCCCAGAAGUUUGAUUCAUCUCCACCCAUGGAGUCCCAUGCUCCAUAAAGCAAAUCCCCCACCUUUCUCAUAUGUGCACACAGCAAGCUAACUAUUUGCAGUAGUACCGUAUUUUUCGCUCUAUAACACGCACCCGACCAUAACACGCACGUAGUUUGUAGAGGAAGAAAAUCCGUAGGCAUGCCACCCGUAGGCAUUCCCUGCAUAACACGCACAGACAUUUCCCCUUACUUUUUAGGAGGAAAAAAGUGAGUGUUAGGGUGCAAAAAAUACGGUAAUUAUAGUAGGAAGAAAUUAAUAUUAAUCAUGCUUAGCAUUUAUAUAGUGCUUACAGCAAUUGCCCUUUGUUUUAUUGUUGUAAUUCUCAUAGCAAUCCUAUAAGGAUGCACAGUAUUAUUUUUAUCUCAUCAUUUAUUUUUGCUUUGUAUCUCACCUUUUAUACAAGGAACUCAAGGUGGCCUACAUAGCUCACCUCAUCUCCAUAUUAUCCUGCUGUAAGGUAUGUUAGACUGAAAGAUGGUGACUGGCCCAAGGUCACCCAUGUUACACAUGGGGAACUAAAGGUGAGAUUGCCUAAGUCCACCUAGUAUGUUCCUGGUAGAGGUAAGACCAGGAACUUGCUGAAUAUGUAAGCUGAAUCUGAUAGUCAUAUUCAGCAGCGCCACAUGGAGUCCUGGUUCCUCUUAAUCAUGUAUAUAAUUGUACUUCCCUGGGCUAUAACUGGGGAGCUGCAUGCAUAGUCUGGGAAAGGAGCCUGGGUCCUAAAGCAGGAUGAUUCCAGCAGCAAAGUCUUUCCUCUUUGCCACGAAAAGGAUAGCAAAGGGAAGUAGGGAUUUGGAAUUGACUGAAGAGAGAAAGGAGGGGACACACACAAAGGAAUCAUAAGCUCUUUGUCUCCUUUCCCUUCCCUGCAAUUCAGCUCAUGCCAUGUGAAUUAUUCAUAGAUUCCUAUUUGUGUAAAAAGCCGUACAUGUCAAUGGGGCAUUAUGCUAGAGUGCUCAACCUCCAAAAUGAAAAGUCCUAUUAGUGAGAGAGACCCCCUAAUUCACUAAGUGAGGGAAAAAUAACCAAGAUACUAACUGGCUUUUCACACAAAAAGUACAUAUUCAAUGCAAACACGAAGAGGUGGGUGUUGAAGAGUAACAGUGGCAGGAUCCUCCCUGACCCCCAUGCAUUCUGCUGCUGCUGUUGAUGGUUCUGCAGCAGUUGAAGCACAAAGCUUCUGUCUGGAGGGGAACGUGGCAACUCUGUAGAAGUCUGUAGGAGUCCAGAGUUUCCACACAGAUGCAAAGCUGAAAAUUACUGAAUUACAGGAAACUGCUGGGCUGUUGUUGUUUUUCCCUUUUUUCCUCUAUUCUUCUUAUAAACUGCAUAAUUAAGUUAGCUGCCAUUUCUAGUAGGGAAAUGUUUUUGUUCAUGAGGUGAGAGCAGCACAUCAUUAAUACAGCAAAUUCUAAAAGGUUCUUAUCAUAAAGCAUGCUUCCUAUAGCUGAGGAUUUCCAGGAAGAAGAAACCACCGCUGACAUCAGCUCGGCAGAUGUUUGAAAUAUUAAUUUUAUUACCAGCCUGAAAGUGUUGGUGCCUUAUUGAUUCAAAGGUGAUAACUUUAAAACACUAAGGUCUGCUUAUCAAAUUGUGAGGCAUAUUAAAGUAAACUUGAAAAUAGGAAUAAUUAAUUUCUUGAACUUUGAAACUAAAAAACUCUGUUUUACGUGAGACCUUCUAGUCCCACAUCUAAGAUUCUGAUAUUCAGCCCUACCAGAUGGAUGGGGUAUUAUUAUUAUUAUUAUUGUUAUUAAACAACUUCAGUCAAGUCUGGCAGGUACUCUCCAAAUCUUAGUGGAAGUGUCCAGAACUAUAUGCUGAAAUAUAUUGACACAUGGGGUUUGCGGAAGCUGUUUAUAGCUCUGUGCCAUUUAGGAAACUCUUUGUGGGGUUAUUAGAUAGCAGUUUGUACAUGAAGAAAUAUUUCAGUUGUGUGGGGUUUAAUCUAGUGUGAGUAAUUUGUUUCAGUUUCAUUUAUGUCUGUAUAUGUAGCUGUUUUCCAACUUCAGUUUGCACUAGUUAAUUAGCUGUGUUUUUAUUGUGUUUUCCUGUAGAUACAGAUGUUAUACUAAAUAUUUUAUAGUUAGAUCUAAUCCAAGAAAAUUAAGGACAAACCAUUUUGUUUUAAUGAAAAAGAACAUAAAUACGAGAAAGGGAUGGUGGGAGCAGGUGAGGCAGGGCAUGUUGGGUAGCUCACAUUGGAAAUUGGUACUAGAAUCAGCUGAGACCAUGUCAAUACUUUUCCUGUCUGUGUGGAGAAUCAGUUAACAAAGUCCAUUUGAAAGGGGUGAGGGAUGUAUCAGUGGUGAUCGUUUUUGUUGAACAUUUAUUUCUCUUUGUAACCGUAUAAAUGAAUUUUUGAUUCAGCUCUGUCACUGAAAGUAAAUGGAUGUGAUCAUGUGCAAGAUGAAGACACAACCUUAUUCCCAAGCCACUGGUUGCUUGCAUCUGCUAAUGAGUUGGGGUGGAAGAGAAGAGAACCACAUAUUUUGGCUACUUCAUUACAAAUGAUCACAACAGGCAUUUCACCAGUAUUUGUUUUGUUGUAGUUUGCUUUAAGAAACUUUGGUCUGUCCAUCAUGUAUAAAAUAAUAUAAUUGUAGAGUUGGAAGGGACCCUGAGGAAUAGCUAGCUCAACCUCCUGCAAUGCAGGAAUCUCAACUAGAUCAUAUAUUAUGGCCUCCAAUCUUUGUUUAAAAUCUUCCAAAGAAGGAGAGUCUACAACCUCUUGUGGGAGUCUAUCUAGAUAUACUAUAGUGUAGUUGUCUACAAUAUUAAUGUAUAUGGCAACUGAGCUUAAUUUUACAUUUAUAUUUUUUCAGUUGAACUCAAUUUUAGUCUCUUUAUCUCAAGAGUAAAGUUAUUAUUUAUUGUUUCUUCAUUCAGGUUCAUGUACCUUCCUGUGGUAUGGCUGGCAAUGGGUCAAAUUCAGAGCCUAUCAGUGGACUAACUAUGAAAUCACAGCUUCAGAUCACUGGUAAGUGUCUCAAACAGGGCUGCUUGCUGACUGUAGAGCCUUUGCUUUUAAGGGUAACUGAAGGAAUUGCAGACUCCUAUCUUUGUGGCCUUUUCCCACAUCUUUGUGGGAAAAUCUAAAACAAAUCCUAUUGGAAGGCAUAUAAAGAUCCCUCAUAUCAAGUCAAGCCAUUUGCCCAUCUAACUGUAACUGCCCCAAAGUCCUUAACAUUGUCAGAACAUCUUUCCCAGCCUUAUCCAAGAUUUGACUGGAGAUGCUGAGGAUUGAACAUGUUCUCUGUCACUAUUUCUCUGUGACCACUGGAACAGAAUUUUUCCACUACUACGUUCACAUUGCUCCUUCUCUUUGUUGAUUCAAAUGUGUUUUAAUGGAAUUUUGCUCCAGAAGCCUUUAAAUAAUUUUUCUGUUCCAGCUAGUGUUGUUGGUUUAAUCACUCUGCUUUGUUAUUUCAGUGUCUUUUAAGCAGGUUUCUGCAGACCUUUUAUAAAUUGGUUUUAACCCAUUACAACUAGUGCAUAGUGGGGAGCUUGUAGCCAGGGCUGCUGCAACAAACAGCCCCACAAGCCUUCGUGAGGCAGAGAUGCGAGAGGGCAUCAGAGGAGGGAGGGAAGGAAAUAAAGAGGGAUAGAGUCCAGUGUUGCCCGCAGUGCCCCUGACAAUCAUUCAAGGCAGCCCAGGGUUGAAAACCACUGGCCUAAGGAAUAAUCUUUUAAGGAAAGAAUGCACAUUGCCUCCUUUUCUGUUGAUUCAUUAAUAUUUCUUUGAACAUAUUAAUGGAUAUCAACAGUGGUCUUUGAAGGAAACUUUAUUUUGGCUCAUCUUCACUAUGACAGUUAAGGCCAAAAAUAUGGUAUAUGAAUGAGUGAUCAGUAUAAACUCCUAGCUUGAAGAACCAGAUGAUAGGUGAUUUUUUUUUAUUUUUAAGGCACUGGGGGCGGUGUCGCCACUUACUUUUAAAGUCCGUUUUGUUUUGAAAAAUCUGUUUCAUCUAUCAUAACUGUGUUGUAAGUAGUUAACACAAAAUCUACUUCCUGCAAAUUAUUUAUUAUGUUAGAAUUUAGCGUCUUCACCUUGUAUGUAACACCCAUAAGUGUUACUUUAGAAAAAAUGUCCCAGUGAGGCCUCACCUGAGUCAAGAAAAAUUGAGUGUUACCAAGGAAAGCUUGGCUUAGCUAGUCAAUACUUGCAAUGACCCAGGCACUAGUGCAUCUACUGUAAAAACAGGAAGAGGACUGUGUAGGUCUGCAGCAUUGUCAGUCAAGAUAAUGACAUCAUAAGAGACUGCCAACAUUGGGGAGACUGGAUAUGGAGAGAUCUUGGUCAGGAAAUGGGGAGGUUGGGGGGAAGGAGUUUAAGCAACCUCUGCUAUCUAUCAAGAGGCAGGCAGACUGGCCCAGGAGGCAACAGAUAAGCUUGCAAUCAUGUUCAUAAGCAAUAUGUAGAGAAUUCCGCUUAUCUCCAAGCGACAGAUGACAGGUUCUGUGACUGACCACUCACACAAGUUAUAAGCCAUAUAGCCAAGUAGUUGCCACUUCUUAGCCACUUCCACAUAUGCAAUGUGUACUUGUUUGUUUGUUUACAUGGAAUUAUCUGUUUACAUGGUAAUUAACAAAGAACAGGUUUGCAUUGCCCCUACCUCAAGAGGUUUAUGGGGAAACAGAAGAAGGGAAGGGAACUGAUGGCAGGGAUGAACAAGGGAAGAAUGUGCAAUUAUUUUAGUUACGUGCACUUUAGUUGCAGGAUAUUGAGAACAGGGGGUUGUUUCAAAGGCUUCAUGAAAAAUGUGUGGAAGGGCUUGAAGCAAGUGGCCAUAGGUAGUCACAUGGAGAGAUGUUCUGGAUGGCCUUUCCAAUCAUAAAGGAAAGCAAGGGAGAAAGAGUGGGUUUGUUUCAAGUAGCAGAAGAUCUCUUCAAAUAAUUGAGUAGAGUGGACCUGGGUAAGCGAAAAUCACAGGAAGCGGUGUGUUGGGAUAGAACAACAGAAAAAAAUUGGGGGGGGCGGAGAAACAUGGAAGGUUUUGAAGAUAAGGGCAAGAAGUUUAUGUAACAUCCUGGUGCAGGCAAAAAAUCAAUUCUGGGAUUUAAAGAAGGGCUUGAAGUGGUCAGACUGACAAGAUAUGUGAAUAAUUUUGGCAGUAAAAGUGCUAGGUAGAUGUGAACAGUUGAUGGUCAGGCAGGACCAGAGAGAAAUAAGCCACUUGCAAUGGUGUGAGCAAAAAUAAAAUAUAUCUUGGCUGAGUGGUAAAAUUGCCCCAGCUAAGUGGUACAAUUUCUAAAGAGAAAGAUUUUUAUUUGCUUGAUGUUAAUUUUGUUGAGUCAGGAUCACAUUACUUAACUCACACACUGAAGAACACACUUCAGCUUUCUAAAUAAAGCACAUUUGUUUAAAACUUACUACUUAUUUCACUUUCGUAACUGCAGUGAGAGACUCAACACUUCUGGUGCUAAAUUUGACUAGUGUAGCUAUAGAAAUACCACCAAGACAACAAGAAGACAUGCAAAAUUAAUUGGUCCACUUUUUGAAAUGCUACAUGCUGCAACCAAUAGUGGUAACAUAAAAGAUUGGUUGUGGUUGGUAUGGUACAGCACAAGAAUAUGUGUGAGUGCAAAUGGAGCACACAGAACUAAGAUUGUUGCAUGCAUCUUUACACCUAACUUAAAAUGUGUGUAUCUUUAUGUUUACUUUAAAACAGGGGUCAGCAACCUUUUUCAGCCAUGGGAUGGUCCACCAUCCCUCAGACCAUGUGCUGGGCCGGACUAUAUUUUGGGGGAAAAUGAACGAAUUCCUAUGCCCCACAAAUAACCCAGAGAUGCAUUUUAAAUAAAAGGACACAUUCUACUCAUGUAAAAACACGCUGAUUCCUGGACCGUCCGCAGGCCGGAUUGAGUAGGCGAUUGGGCCACAUCCGGCCCACAAGCCUUAGGUUGCCUACCCCUGCUUUAAAAAGUGUCAUGUAAUUACUUAGCAAAAGGCGGGCAUUCCAGCAACAAGAGCUAAAUGGAUCAGAAUUGAGGUGGUGAAUAUAGUUUUGGAAAGGUUUAAGAAAAUUAAAUGGCUUGAUAUAGUGAUGACUUGACAAAUGUUUCAUCUUAGGUUUUAAAUUGAUUGAAUGGAAGGGGAAAUCUUUGGUCCAAUGUAAAUAUUACAUCCAAAUGAAAGGACUUUGUGCCAUGGUGUCUUUUCUGUCAAUGUAAAAGAGUUGUAAUUUGGCUGUGGUUCCAUAAUCUACUUUGCUAGGUAAUAGUAGAAACUUUAGAAGUUGCUGAAGCAAAUAAAGCACUCAUUCAUUCUCUUUCAAUAGUUAUUUCUGCGAAGUUGAAAGAAAACAAAAACAAAUGGUUUGGACCCAGCCCUUACGUGGAAGUCUCAGUUGAUGGACAGUCAAAGAAAACAGAAAAGUGCAACAAUACUAAUAGUCCAAAAUGGAAACAACAUCUUACAGUGUAGGUUUGGAAAUGUUCCUUAUUUUGUUAUUUUGUUAUAAGAAACAGAAAUGCAGCUGCCUUAUACUGUGGGAUGGAUAUUGGCAAGAGAAAAAUGCAGGUCUUAUCAGGGUGUGUGAUCAUGGGAAAUAGUAUUUUGUUCUGAGCCAUUCCCAAGAUCUGUAACUGGAGAACGCCAAAUCUUUCCCCCUCCCAUCAGUUUUAAUUCAUUCGCCUGAUUUGUAUAAUAUCUAAGUGCACACGAUCACAGUGUGACCUUAUAACCCUCGAUAGCCUCAGCCUUGUCCUUUUAAUUAUCCCAGUGACUUAAAUGUUUUAUACUGUGAUGCCAAUAAAGGUUAUUGGUUUGAUUUAACUGGUUUAAAUGUUUUAGAAUUUUUUUGUUUUGUUUUUAAUUAGGAAUGGAGGCAGACCAGUAGCUCUGCAAACUAGGUUAUAUGGGUUUCAGCCCCUUACACUGUGUAAGGUGUGGCACUAGGUGGGUUCCCUGAGCCUCAUGAAUGGCUAUAGGGGGAAGUACAGGGAGUUGUUCCAUAAAAGGGAAGCCCAGAAAGUCCCAAUGUCCAUAGGUGAGCGACUGUAAACAUCUUUGUAUCUGAACCAAAGUGUAGAAGGAAUGAGGAGGGAACUAAAGAAGCAUAUAGUUGCUAGAAGAAAGGAUAUUUCCCCCUAAAACUUAGUGAAAGGUGUAUAUACUGUUCUUGCUUCUAAGACUUCAAAACCUGCAUGUAAAAAUCUGCCUGUAAGAUUUACUGUGAAAUAAAUACACUUAGAGUUUUUUUUUUUAUUGUGCACAAGGUUCCCCAUUUAUGUGCUACUGAAAUACAGUGGUACCUCGGGUUAAGUGCUUAAUUCGUUCCAGAGGUCUGUUCUUAACCUGAAGCACCACUUUGGCUAAUGGGGCCUCCUGCUGCUGCCGCACCGCCGGAGCAUGAUUUCUGUUCUCAUCUUGAAGCAAAGUUCUUAACCUGAGGUACUAUUUCUGGGUUAGCGGAGUCGGUAAACUGAAGCGUCUGUAACCUGAAGCGUAUGUAACCCGAGGUGCCACUGUAAACAUAUAUUUGCAGGAUUAAUUUCUGUCAUAAAAAGCCACAUUUUUCUAUCAGUGCUACUACUGUUUGGAAUAUGAUAGCUCUUGGAAGAUCAAUUGAUUUGUGCAUUUUUUGGGGGUGGGGUGUCAAUUUUGUAACUGUAAGUGACAGAUAAGAGCUGUUUGACAGUGGAACAGACUCCCAUGAAAGGUGGUGGACUCUUCCACCUUGGAGAUUUUAAGCAGAGAUUAGGCAGCCACCUGUCAUGUAUAAUCUAGUUGAGAUUUUGUUGGAAGGGACAAUGAAGGGUCAUCUAGUCCCACCCCCUUUUUCAGCAGGGGGCUGGUCCAAUGUUCCUCGGACCUUGUGGGGGGCCGGACUAUAUGGGGGGGUGAACGAAUUUCUGUGCCCCACAAAUAACCCAGAGAUGCGUUUUAAAUAAAAGGGCACAUUCUACAUAUGUAAAAACACACUGAUUCCCAGACCGUCCACGGGCCAGAUUUAGAAGGCGAUUGGGCUGGAUCCGGCCCCCGGGCCUUAGUUUACCUACCCAUGCCCUACAGUGUAGGAAUCUUUGCCCAACAUGGGGCUCAAAUUCCUGACCCUAAAAUCAUUGCAGGGUGUUAGACUAGAUGACCCUUGGUGUCCCUUGCAACUGUACAGUUCUAUAAGUCUAUGAUUCUAAGUUACUCAGAAGUAUUUUUAAAUGGAACUUGCGAGUAUGCAUUACAAUAUUUCUUGCUUCUUCGUUUUAGAAUUGUCUCACCUGUCAGCAACCUGUGCUUCCGUGUAUGGAGUCACCAAACGUUGAAAUCUGAUGUCUUAUUGGGAAGCGCCACUCUAGAAAUUAAAGAAACUCUCAAAGCAAACAAUAUGAAACGUAAGUAUACAAAAAGCCCAUAACUUUAAAUGAUGUAAACUUUGGUGUAUGUGUAUAUAGGCAAAUGUCAAUAUGAAAGAUCUUAAGAAGUAUGAUGCCUACCCCUGCAGUCUUCCAUAGGGUCCUAAGAACCAGAAAUCAUUCCAUGAAGUCCCCACUAAAAUUUGGUUCAUUUGGAACAUGUUUAGGUUCUGACUUAUAUGGUCCCCUUUAUGAAUGGGGUUCUACAAUAGUAGGCCUGGCACAGAGAAUAUGCAACUAUGCUUAAACUCUUAUUAUUAAUUGUACGGUUAUGAGGGCUCUUUUGUUUGAUGUUAAAGAUAUUCAUGGAUGAGUUUUGCUUCUGCUUUUUAUUUAGAGAAGGGUGGCACAACCUGGGGAUGACAUAAAAAUAAAUGAGAAUUAUACAUUGUUCUGCUAGGGACAUUUAGGGAGUUUAACAAGGAGUUAAAGCUUCAGAAUCCCAUUUUUCGGUAAGGGAAUUACCCCCAUUUAGUAAAGUUUUCUGAGGCUCCCCAUGUGCAGUGAUCACUGAAUGUGUAAGAUGAAAUGGAACUGUGGUCAUUUCUUAAAAGCUUUCCUCAGCUUUUUCAUGAAAUUGUAUAAACCUUAAUCAGUUCACUGCAAUAAAAAUACAAGGCAGUUGAGAACAUUGAUUUUGUUUGUAUAUUUUCAAUAGUUGAACAAGUGGUGGUGAAUAUGAUGCUUAUUGGUGACAAAGAAUCAACCGACGGGAUUGGAGAGUUGUCUGUCUGUUUAGAUGGCAUGCAGGUAGAUCCUGAGCUGCUGAGUAAUGGUGAUGCUCCAAGCGGAAGAAGUGAGUAAUAUUUACCUUCUAUGUGUGCACACUGCUGUUGCAUCAUAUAACUGGUUGUUUAUAUUAAAUAACAUUUGUUAUUGUUGGUAGCAUUUGGCUUUUCUUGAAGAAUGCAUUGAACCCUGAUAAGGACUGUAAGCCAAAGUGCUUUAGGUUACAAACCUUUACAUGCAUGUUUAGAAUACUGAAGACAGUGACUUGGCUUGCACAUAACACUAAGCCAAAUCAUGGCUAAGCAUGAAUGAGCAUGCGUACUGGUAGCCACAGUAAAAAUUGUAUUUGCUUUGCUGCUCCCCUGGUGCUUCUCCUACCACACUACCUGGAGCUAAGUCACAGUUUACCUUCGUGUUAUGUCUGAAGGAGGGAUCAUGUUUUCUCUCAAUCCAGACAAGGUUUAUUCUUGGUUAACUACUUGUGGUCUGUCUGUGGGAGGCAAAUUACCAAGAGAGCCAGUAAUUCCCAAUCUACCUUAAUAAUAAUAGUAUUUGGCUUCCACAGAAACCAAAAAUACACUAAAAUCAUACAUGAAAAGCUUCCCUGAACAGGGCUGCCUUAAGAUGUCUUCUGAAUGUCAGGUAGUUGUUUAUCGCUUUGACAUCUGAUGGGAGGGCGUUCCACAGGGCGGGUGCCACUACUGAGAAGGCCCUCUGCCUGGUUCCCUGUAGCUUUGCUUCUCGCAAUGAGGGAACCGCCAGAAGGCCCUCGGCGCUGGAUCUCAGCGUCUGGGCAGAACGAUGGGGGUGGAGACGCUCCUUCAGGUAUCCUGGGCUGAGGCCGUUUAGGGCUUUAAAGGUCAACACCAUCACUUUGAAUUGUGCUCGGAAACGUACUGGGAGCCAAGACCGGUGUUAUGUGGUCUCGGCAGCCACCCCCAGUCACCAGUCUAGCUGCCGCAUUCUGGAUUAGUUGUAGUUUCCGGGUCACCUUCAAAGGUAGCCCCACGUAGAGCGCAUUGCAGUAGUCCAAGCGGGAGAGAACCAGAACAUGCACCACUCUGGCGAGACAGUCCGCGGGCAGGUAGGGUCUCAGCCUGCGUACCAGGUGGAGUUGGUAGACAGCUGCCCUGGAUACAGAAUUGACCUGCGCCUCCAUGGACAGCUGUGAGUCCAAAAUGACUCCCAGGCUGCGCACCUGGUCCUUCAGGGGCGCAGUUACCCCAUUCAGGACCAGGGAGUCCUCCACACCAGCCCGCCUCCUGUCCCCCCAAAACAGUACUUCUGUCUUGUCAGGAUUCAACCUCAGUCCAUUAGCCGCCAUCCAUCCUCCAACCACCUCCAAGCACUCAAACAGGACCUUCACCGCCUUCACUGGUUCUGAUUUGAAAGAGAGGUAGAGCUGGGUAUCAUCUGCAUAUUGAUGAACACCCAGCCCAAACCCCCUGAUGAUCUCUCCCAGCGGCUUCAUAUAGAUGUUAAAAAGCAUGGGGGAGUGGACGGAACCCUGAGGCACCCCACAAGUGAGGGUCCAGGGGUCUGAACACUCAUCCCCCACCACCACUUUCUGAACAUGGCCCAGGAGGAAGGAGCGAAACCACUGUAUAACAGUGCCCCCAGCUCCCAGGCCCUCUAGACGGUCCAGAAGGAUGUUAUGGUCGAUUGUAUCAAAGGCCACUGAGAGAUCCAGCAGAACUAGGAAACACCUCUCACCUUUGUCCCCAGCUCGCCGGAGAUCAUCAACUAGCGCGACCAAGGCAGUUUCAGUCCCAUGAUGAGGCCUGAAUCCCGAUUGGAAGGGAUCCAAAUGGUCCGCAUCCUCCAGGCGUGCCUGGAGUUGUUCAGCAACCACUCGCUCAAUCACCUUGCCCAAGAAUGGAAGAUUUGAGACUGGACGAUAGUUGGCCACACUGGCCAGGUCUAAAGAUGGUUUUUUAAGAAGCGGUUUAAUGACCGCCUCGUUCAGCGGAUCUGGGAAUGUUCCCUCACAGAGGGAAGCAUUCACCACCCCGCAGAGCCCAUCGCCCAGCCCUUCCCGGCUUGCUUUUAUUAGCCAGGAUGGGCAAGGAUCAAGGAGACAGGUGGUUGGUUUCACGCGUCCAAGCAGCCUGUCCACAUCCUCGGAGGUAACGGAUUGAAAUUGAUUCCAUGCAACUUGACCAGACAGGGCUCUAGCACUCUCCUGCCCCAGCCCUGCUCCCACGGUGGUGUCUAGCUCCUUCCGAAUAUGAGUGAUUUUAUCUGCAAAAAACUUUGCAAAAUCGUUGCAGGAGAUCUUGGGGUCUUUACAAGGCCCCGGUGGUAAAGGUGGUUCCGUUAAAUUGCGGACCACCUGAAAGAGUCUCCUGCUACUAUUUUCUGCAGAUGCAAUAGAGGCGGUGAAGAAAGUCUUCUUCGCCAUCGCUAUCGCCACUUGGUAGGCUCGACGUUGAGCUCUAACCUGUGUCCGGUCAGAUUCAGAAUGAGUUUUCUGCCACCGACGCUCUAGCCGUCUCAGCGAUUGUUUCAUCGCCCUCAGCUCUGAAGAAAACCACGGGGCUGUCCGGGCUCCAUGCAAUCGGAGAGGGCGCUUCGGAGCCAGACAGUCGAUAGCCCUGGUUAACUCCGCAUUCCAGCGGGCCACCAGGGAAUCAGCUGAAAGGCCAUCAACAUGGGAUAAAGCAUCCCCUCUGGAAACCAUUUGGAUCCAUUAAGUGGCGGGGGCGGACCAUCCGAAUUGGUCCCACCUCCCUGCAGAGGGGAAGGGUCGCGGAGAAGUCCAGUUGCACCAGGAAGUGAUCUGACCAUGGCACUUCUUUUGUUUCACUUUUACUUAGUGUCAGAUCACUCACAUCACUAGAGGUAAACACCAGGUCUAAGGCUUGUCCAUGACUAUGAGUUGGGCCAAACUUAUUCAGGAACAGCCCCAUGGAGGCCAUGCUUUCCACAAAGUCCCGACCUUCUGCUCACUCCAGCUCUAAAGUACAAAAAACUUUAUCCAUACUCUGUAUUGGGGCUGUUGUGGGAACUCUGAUCUCUUGCAUUAAUUAAAAGGCGAAUGGCAUAUAUUUUGACCAAUAGGGAAAAUCAUACUUAUUGCUUGUGUCUUUCCAUAAAACAACACAAAUGUUAAAAUAAGUUUCCAUUUCCUUAUUUUUAAUAUUAAAGGUCCCGUGCAGAAUGAUGGUUCCAGAGCAAAAAAUGAAACAAGGUAAGGUGGUUUUCCACAUCUGCAGUGGAGUUGUGGAAUGCUGAUAGUUGUGAUGUUUAAAGUGCUGAGAUUUAGCAGUUUUGUAGAUAUUUCAGAGUAUUGGAAACUGGCUGGAAGUGGUCAUGGGGAUACAAGCGUCCUUAGUAGUUUUAGUACUGUGGUACCUUAGUUUAAGAACAGCUUAGUUUAUGAACAACUUGGAUUAAGAACGCUGCAAACCCAUAAGUAGGUGUUUUGGUUUGUGAACUUUGCCUUGGAAGCAGAACAUGUUCCGCUUCCUGUUGAGUGUGUUCCAUUUAUAAACUGAGUCCCCUGCUGCCAUGGGAAAGCACGCCUUGGUUUAAGAACGCUUUGGUUUAAGAACAGACUUCCGGAAUGGAUUACGUUCGUUAGCCAAGGUACCACUAAAUAAAAAAAUUGUCCAGUAGCACCUUAGAGACCAGCUAAGUAUGUUCUGGGUAUAAGUUCUUGUGUGCAUGCACACUUCUUCAGAUACCGUGUGUAUGCACACGAAAGUUUACACCCAGAACAUACUUAGUUGGUCUCUAAGGUGCUACUGGACAAUUUAUUUAUUUAUUUCGACUGCGUCAGACCAACACGGCUACCUACCUGAAUCAAGGUACCACUGUAAUUGUAAAGAGUGUCUAGCUUGUAAAAAUCUUGGUUAUAAUAGACACACAUUUCAAAAAAAAAGAAAGAAAAUAAAAGCAAAAUCCUGUUUUUGUUCAGCUCUUCACUAAUAAAUAAUCAUUUACUCAGGCAAAAGAGUUGGUGCACACAUAUUUUUAAGAUGGGAUGGAUGACAUUCUUGUUUGGGAUGACUUCCCCUUCUGGGGGCAGGCAAGGUCUUCACAGGGUCUUCAGAGCUUUUCAUGUCUUCUCCAAGGGAGAAGGAGCUCUCUUACCCACCAUACUGACCCUGUUGUGGUCAGAUGGUGAGGCCUGCAAUGCAGGAAUCCUUCCCACAGCCGCCAACCCUGGAUGGGCUUGAACUACCACCCUUCUGGUUAGCAGUCAGACACACUGACCCAUUGCACGAUUAGUCCAACUUAAUUGUAUGCAAUAGGAUAAAUACCUCUGUGUCUUAUCCUUUUAGUUCCUUUAUUCCAUCCUGAAAAGCACAUUGUUUGUGGUAUAAAGUUUUUAGUUCUUGUAAACUGCAAGUAACAAAAGAUUUUUUAAUAUCUGAGCUGACAGUUUUAAAAUUCCCUCAAAGCAUGAAGCAGCAAGAUAAAUUCUGAAUAUAUUCCACUUGAAAUAGUGUUUAUUAGUACCUUUUGAAAUAUACCAUAUUUUUCGCCCUAUAGGACGCACUUUUCCCCCUCCAAAAAUGAAGGGAAAAUGUGUGUGCGUCCUAUGGAGCGAAUGCAGGCUUUCGCUGAAGCCUGGAGAGUGAGAGGGCUCGGUGCGCACCGACCCCUCUCGCUCUCCAGGCUUCAGGCAGCUAUCCGCAAGCCUUCGGAGCGCGGCGGGAGUUCCCGCCGGGCUCAGAAGGCUUGCGGAUAGCAGCAAGCUCCGGGAGCAAAGGCGAAGUUGCAUGCAACUUCGCCCCCGCUUCCGGACCCGUUCUGGGGGUUGGGGUCGGGGGAAGCUCGGGCUUCCCCCGCCCCCAGCCCGGCAAGCUCCAGGAGCGAAGGCUUUUAUAAGAACAGGGUUCUAUUUUGUUUAUAUGAAUUGUGACAAGACUUCAAUUAGGAAACUUCUUUUUCAAAAUUGUUUUAUUCAGUGAGAUCUCCAUGUCUCCAUGAUAAUUUGUAUUGUGCUUUCUCAUAAAGGAACAAUACAAAUGGUCCUGAAAGCUGUGAGUCUCCCGGGUCUAGUGACAGCAGAGCAUCUAAUGGCAAUGAUUCUCCAUUAAUUGCAAAUGGAGGUUGUAAGCCAGCUAGACCGCCUAGACCAUCUCGGCCACCUCCACCUACUCCACGUAGACCAUCUGCUCCACCUGGUAUGUCUGCAAGAGAAAAGUAUCACUUUAAAAGCUCUUGAAUUCAGUGUUUGUUUGAAUUAAGUUUGUUCAGUGUAUUCUGCCCACUGCGCUAGUAUAUUAAAGCUGUGUGUAAUAUAAUAAAAGAUAAUGCCACAUGCAUCCCCCCUCCAAAAAAUUGUGGCUUAAUUCAUAAUAAGCAUGCUUUAGCAUUUGUGAAGCCAGAUAUAUUUCUGUCUGACCUUCAGCAAAGCAUUCUUAAACUGCUGAAAGGAAAAGCUAUACAGCUCAGAAGUGCAUCAUAUGGUAAUUCUGAGAACACACAUUGUCCCAUAGUUAAAUUAUGGAAGUUUUCUUCAUACAAAAUACUGAAGUAGCUUUAUGUGACGCCUACUGAAAUUGCAGCCUGGAAUUUUCUUUUCAAGGACUUCAGGCUUUCUGUGGUCAAGAGAAAGAGGCAACUGCUUCAAAAAGAAUCUCUUUCAUAGUGUUCUCUUAACCAGAGUACAGAUUUCCUGUAAAUGAAAUUGAACAAUGAGCCAAACUAAAAUUCAAGAAGGCUUUUCCAUUUAUGGUUAAAUUGAGUUCUGAUAGGUUUGUGGAAAUGUUGUUGAAAGAGUUUCUGCCAUUGACUACUUUUACUUAGAAGUCUGGGAACUUAAUAACUGCCGUGUACCAAGUAGUUACUUGAGGGCUUAUCUGUUCUUGCUUUGCUGUACUGCUGUCUUGAGUCCAUUUCAGGGGGACAGGUGGAGUAUAAAUAAAUAUACAAUACUGGAAUUAAAAUAAACAUAAAUAUUUGUCUUUUUCUUGUCUGUGUUCUUUGCAGCAUGUGUCAAUGGUACUUCCUCCACAGAAUCAGAAGGGGCUAGUGCAGGAUUGGUGCCAACUACAAGUUCAGCAUCGGAACAAAACUCAGAGGGAGCAACAGCAGUAACGGGUGCUCCUGCAGCAGCUGCUUUGGCCACACCACCAAUAUCCAGACAAGUUCAGCCAGUAACUCCAGCUUCACAGCCACAUCACACAGUUAGUCAAGGUCCUCUUCCACCUGGGUAAGAGUUUGAUGCUCUUAGGUUUUAUGUUAUACAUAUGUCUCUAACACAAAAUUUACUGCAAGAUACAAGUUUCCUCCGUCUCAUCCAUUUGAUUUCUAAAAGCACCAAAAUAUACUGUGCUUUAUACAGUACAUUGCAUUUGCAGGGUGGAACUAAAAAAAAGCCACAAAAGAGUUAAAGUAAAACCUAUGUAAUAAUUAGAAAAAAUAGAACACCAACAUGGAAACGCUUGAGACAAGAUGUGAGUUUUUAAUUAUUUAAAGCUGAGAGGUCAGCUGAAUAUUAAAGUGAAAGAUAGCAUGAAUUAACUGAGAUGAGAGAAAUCACAGAGAUGAGAAACAGCACAAUGAGUGGAACGUUUUGUUCUAAUUUUCAUGAAUUCACUCACUGCAGUUCCUUGUACCAUACAUGACCUUUGCAUUCUGUAGAGUCUGCAGACCACCAGGAAUAUCUUUUCAGGAAGGAAGAGGCAGGGAAGCCCUAUUCCUACAAGUAGAACUCUUCACAGUUCUUGAAAUCCAAGCUAAUACAGAGAGACAAUCAACAGACUUUAUCUAGAGCAGUAAUAUGAGCUGAGAAAGGCAAGUAUCACAGAUAAUGAUCAUACUUUUCAGUCUUCUCAGCAAGUUUUGUUGCUUGAAGAAGUGAGCAAAGGCAAAAAUGAAUAUUAGAGCAUAAGAUCCUUUUGUCUGUCUCCCUAUCUAAGAACUACUAAGUUCAGCACUUGGCUUAUGGAAAAAGAUACAUUUGUUUAUAAUGUGGCGGACUACCCCACAAUACAGUGGUAAAGGGUAAUCUGGCACGAGCACAUAAUUCCAUAAGAUCUGAUAAAUGACACACCCCAAUAAUAAGUUUUAGAAGCCUUUUUUUCCACCAUGUCCAUUCUCUGCAAAAAAAUAUUGUAUGUGCCCAAAUACGAUGAUGAUCAGAAUUUCAAAACUUUCAUAGUUGAGUACCAAUACAAGAAAGCCAGUAUGCUUAUAAAUACAGUUGAAUGGCUGCAGUUUGAAUAUGUAUAGUGAGAAAUGGGUACAAUUCUAUGUGUGCAAUAUAUAUGGUAGCAUGUGGCCACAGUGGGCCAAUGUGGCUGCUGUUGCUUAGUGGGUUUGGAAUCUAAAUGCCCUGAAAUUUUUGAUCUUAAGUCAGUGUGAUAUGGUACAGGGUGGAGCUGAAUAUGUUUUCAUGGAGUAUGUUUUAAAGAAGCUCUGUGGUUCACUAAAUUUCUAAAGCAAGAGUACAUAUUCAGAAUCUCCAAUAAUGUUAGUCAUGUCAUAGCAGUUUAAAAGUAUGCACUCUUCCUGAAAAAUAGAAGUUUUGCCUUUCUGGAUUAGGUCAAGAUUCAUUUAGUUCAGUGUGCUUUCUUCCACAAUGGCUAGCUAGAUAUCCAUAGGAAGUCUGUAAGUAAACAGGCACUAAGAAAAGAACUACUGAUCCACUGGUGGAUUGUGGCCUACCCUUAAUCCAUACCUUAUGAGAUGGGAAUUGUCAGACCUCAACCACAGGGAUGGGGGCUCAGAUCCUAACUUGUUGACUUUGGAGCAGACUUCUGUCAGCCUAACAUAGUUUACAAGAUUCAUAUAAGAUCACAACAGAUAAUUCCCAUGUAUGCUACUCUCUGCAACUUUGAGAAAGGAGGGGAACACUAUAAAGAUGACCAAUAAAUCCUAUUCCUAUAAAAUGUGUCCAAGGGAAGGAAUCACAGAAUGUCCCUCAAGAGUUAUAUGGUACUAGUGUCAUAAAUACAAAUGUAAAAUUAAACCUGGGUCUUGGUCUUGUAUAGAAACAAAUGUGUUUGAAAAUGUCGUUUUAUUAAUUGUCAGAAUGAAGAUUUAGUCCUACAGUAAGCCCGCAACUUACAUGCAUGGCAAAAUAAAAAUUAAAAGGAACAGGAAGGGGGUGGGGUUCAAGGAAAAAUGAUUUUGGCAUUUUGACUAUAUGUGAUUUUAGACACAAUCUCUGGAACGUAACCCCCGCAUAAGUGGCAGGCUUACUGUAUACAAAACAGAUCAGGGGACCAUUUGGAAAUAAGAACUAUGAGAAAGCAACAAGGUGAAUAGGUUGGCGCAAUAGUACAUACAAAUUAUUUGUGUAUUUCCAGCUGGGAACAACGAGUGGAUCAACAUGGCCGAGUAUAUUACGUAGAUCAUGUUGAAAAAAGAACUACAUGGGAUAGGCCAGAACCUCUUCCCCCAGGGUGAGUCACUUGGUGAUCUGUCAAACUGUGCUUGAUAACAUGCUUGAAGAUGUCAUCCCAAGCUUGCCAUCUUCAUGUCCAGCUUAGGUCCAGUUAAAAUAUUGUACUUCCGGAUAGCUAAGUCAAGGUUUUGUGAAAAGAAAAUGGGUCUAAUUUGCACUUUAUUCUAUGUAUGUUGAAUCUUAAGACUGGCUGUAGAAAUGUCAGUUAUAUUAGGCCAUGGGAGGCCAACGGUGGCACAAACCUCCAAAAUCUGUGGCAUUCCUUGACAGGAACUGAAGUGCCUCUAGGCAUGGAUAUGGUAUAUUUAAGCCUGGUAUGCUGCUCACUGUUACAGUAGAGGAGAAUCAAAACCAGCCAAAGAAAUCAGAUGUGUGUGGGGUCUGCAUCAUAAUGUUGUUGCAUAUGAAAGUGGUAUUUUCUCAUCCUUUGGACUUGUAGCACACUUCUAGAGGUUUCAAAAAAAUGAUGGACACAUAAAUAGAUAUUGCUACCUCAAAUUAGGAAUUUCAGAGCAAAGUGCAGAACCUUUAAUCAAAUGAUAAACCCCUUGGAAUUGAGUAAUAAGGUGACAUAAAGCAAAACUGAGGAAUUAUUGUGCUGACCCUCUUUGUCCUAUUAUGUUGAACAAGUGCUCCUGUAUUCCAUUCUGUCAGACUGUAGCCUACUUUGAAGUCAGUGCAUUCAUUUGAUUAUCUCAUCUGUGUUCUUUAGCUGGGAACGUCGAGUUGACAACAUGGGACGGAUUUACUAUGUUGACCAUUUCACCAGAACAACAACCUGGCAGCGGCCAACUUUGGAAUCUGUCCGGAAUUAUGAACAGUGGCAACUUCAGCGCAGCCAGCUUCAAGGAGCUAUGCAACAAUUUAACCAGAGGUUUAUAUAUGGGGUGAGAACACUGAGGAUUGGGCUGGAAUUCAUAUUGGCAUAACAUCAGCUAAUGCAGAUUAACUCAACAGCACUUGCUCUAUCCUCAGCCUAAAAUUCCUAAUAAGUAAUCACUAAUACUUUACAGAAAGCAAAAAAUAGAGUAGAAUCUAAAUAAAACAGGGUGAUUGAUUGCUACACAUGGAAGUUACUCAUUUCCAUCCAAACAUUUCAAUGGAAAUUUCUUUAGUAUACAAAGUAUAAUCUGUUUAUCAGAUUUAGUUGUAGUUUAAAUUGAUUCCAGAGGGUUACAAAUCAAAUGUAUUCUGCCUAUGGCUUCUUACUUUGCCAUUUGCAAGCAAACAUUGUCAUGUUAAUUCAAGCAGCUGUAGGCAAGUGCAGAGUUACUGGCAAGUUUUGUUCAAGGCAUAGUGAGAGCAUAUUUUGAUUGAACUUCUCUGGUUGCCAUCCUUGGAAACCAUAUUAUAAGGUCUCUGGCUCGGUAUUUUUAUUUUCUGCAGAAUUGGAUGAAAGUAGGUUGCCUCCUCUGAGGUGUGGAAGUCUGUCAGAUUCCAGAAAGGUGGAUGCAGUGGUUGUCCCACAAGGACAGACAUAUUACCAUUUUGGGAUGAUAAAAUCCUAUUCCUUUCCUAGUUUUUGUGGGCAUUGGUUUGGAAAAGUGAGAGAGGUGCCGAUGCCUAAGAAACUUGCCAAAGUUAAAACAAAUAGGUCCUGGGACUAUCUUGUUAGGUGAUUUUACCUUCGUUACAAAAAGGUAGAAAGGUCUUUUAAAAAAUAACCAGUUGUAAGUAUAAUGUAUAUGAUUUAUCCAAGCUUAGAUUUUUCAGUCAGUAGUUUACAGUAUGCUUUCUUGUGAUUGCAGAAUCAAGACUUCACACAGAACAAAGAAUUUGAUCCUCUUGGUCCCCUGCCACAUGGAUGGGGUAAGGUUUUUAAAAGUUCUGGUUCUCAACAUCACUUAUAUAGUGGUCCAAGCCAACACUGAAUCUAGCUAUUACUCUGCCAUCAUGAGGUGUUUUUUUUUUAUUGCACUCUGAUGACUCCAGAAACCUGAUAAAAGUAGUAGAGUUUACUUGGGGAUCACAAUAAUGUCACUUCAAAUUCAGAGCUCUCCGGCCAGCAAGACUGCAAAUCUCAGUAGGUGUUGGGCAGUCUUUGUAGAUAAAUUGUGUUCAUAUCCCAAGAGGAAUAGUGUAAUAUGUAGCACAGCUCAUCUGAGAAGCAUAAAGACCCGUUGGUUGGCCUCCAUCUGCUUCAGGAGGCAAUGGAAGAGUGUGCCUUCAGGAGUGAAGACCUAUAUUUCAUACAUAUUAUAGUCUCUUGUCAUUGAGUUGGUAUACAAUUCUAGGGACCUCUAUUAGUUUAGUAGCAGAAUCAUAAGUAACGGUGUUUCAUCUAGGACAGGAAUCUGAGCCCUACUCUCACAACCAAUCAUCUAUACUUCUAUCUCACAUACUAUUGACCUGUUCAAGGUUCUCCCUGAAGGAGAUGUCCUUGACUUGGAUAUAAAGUGCUGUUCCACUGAGGUUUCAUGAACUAGGAAGUUAAGAUUAUGGAACACAAUGUAUUCAUUAGUUGGAUGGUAUGUUCAAACAGCUGUUAUGAAAUGCUAAGUUUCCAGACUGGGCAUUUGGGCACAAUUCAAGUCAAAGAGGGGAGCAGAACUGCCAAACACAUGGGGUUCUAUCUAAAGAAGUGCUUGCACAAGGUGAACUUCCUUUCCCUCCUGCCCUCUGCUUCCCCUUGUGUCCCUACAAAAAAGAUCAUGCUUAGGCAAGCUGCCUCUGCCAGAUUUCCUGUUCCCACUGUUCUACAUCCCAAGUCUUUCAUGAGAGCCCCCAACCCUUAAGAGGUUUUUUGUUGGCAGAGAGUUCUGCAGAGGGGAGAAAGAAGUGAGAUAUUCCCCAUAGGUCCUGGCAUAUAUAAUUCACUGCUAUUAUCUUAACGUUAAAACGAUAUGUCCAUGGUAACUAAAAUGGUCCUAAUUUAUAUUCCCUCAGAAAAGAGAACAGAUGCCAAUGGCAGAGUAUAUUUUGUCAAUCACAAUACACGCAUCACACAGUGGGAAGAUCCCAGAAGCCAAGGGUAAGCUUUUUCUCUUCUCUUAAUAGUCUUCAGAACAUAAUCCAAAAUCAAGCACUAUUUACUACUAUUUCUAAACUUUCCUUCAUCCCAGAGAGAUUCCCCAGCAAAUAAUAAAUACAUAGCUCAAGAUAUAUGAAAACCAAAACGCAUACCGUAUUUUUCACACCAUAGGGCGCACCGGACCAUAGGGCGCACCCAGUUUUUAGGGGGGGAAAUCAAGAAAAAAAAUAUCCCCCCCAGCCCCAAAGAGCAGCGUACAGGCUGCACACAACCUCUCCCUGCCAGAGGGGUUGCGCGCAGCUAUGGAAGAAGGCAAGGCAGUGAGCGGGAUGGAUCCCGCUCACUGUUUUGGCUUCCCCUUUAGCCCCGUGCAGCCUCUCCUUGCGGAGGGGUUGCGCGCAGCUAUGGAAGAAGGCAAGGCAGUGAGCGGGAUGGAUCCCGCUCACUGUUUUGGCUUCCCCUUUAGCCCCGUGCAGCCUCUCCUUGCCGGGAGACGCUGCGCAGGGCUAAAGAAGCCACAGCCCCGUGCAGCCUCUCCCUGCCGUAGGGGUUGCGUGCGGCUAUGGCACAAGCCUGCAUUCGCUCCAUAGGACGCACACACAUUUCCCCUCAAUUUUGGGAGGGGAAAAACUGCGUCCAAUAGAGCGAAAAAUACGGUAUAUAUUCUGAUGAGCAAAGAAUGAUUUUGUUCAUCAUGAUUGCUAAUCUCCCCCAAAGAACCUGAUGGACAAAACUGUUUUUAUCUGACUACAACAAGCUGUUUUUGAGGGGGACAAAUGUAUUACUAAUGGGAGGGUGUUCCAAAAUGAAGGUGCCAUAGCAGAGAAGGCCAUAUCCCAGGUCCCUGCAUAAUGUACCACAGGCAUAGGUGGGAUCAUGAAUAGGACCUGCUCUGCAGAUUUUAAGUCUAAGAGUGAGAUAUAUUGGCAGAAGUUCUUCAUCAAGUACUUGGGGCCCAGGCUAUAUAGGGUUUGAUAUACCAGAAUCAAAACCUUAAGUUGGGCCCAUCAGCGAACAGGCAGCCAGUGCAGUUCUAAAGAUUUGUUGAGAUAUGGUCCCACUUUGCAGUGCCACUCAGCUGAUGGAUGCAUUGUCAGUAGCUCCAGCUUCUAAACCAUCUUCAAGGACAGCCUCAUUUAGAACUCAUUGCAGUAGUGCUAAAUGGGAGGUUAACCUAGCCAUAGUGGUCCAUGCUGUGGUAUCUUGGUUCAGGAAGGACUAUAGUUGGUGAACCAGCCCUAGCUGGAAAUAGGCACUUCUUACCCCUGGAGCCACCUGAGCUUCCAGUUGAAAGUGUUGGUUCCAGGGGCACCCCCAGGCUACACACCUUGUCCUUCAGGAGGAGUGUAGUCCCAACUAACACAGGUUGCUUCAAUUCCUGAAUAUAAGAACUAUCAGCACCUGCAUCGUGUCCAGAUUCAAUCUAAGUUGGGAUUGAAUCAGCCCAUUAUCACCUCCAGACACUAGUAAAGUGGUAUGGAGAGAGCAAGAGCUGGAUAUUAUCUGCAUACUAGGUAUGCUGUUCUCCAAAUCUCCAGAUGACACUUCCUAGCAGCUUUACAUAGAUGUUAAAAAGUGUGGGGUACAGAAUGGAACCCCAUAGGACCCCACAGCACAAAUGCCAAAAGCAGCAGUCUGCCCUUGCUCCUACUCUGGUGGUGGUCCCGCAGAUAGGAGCAGUGCCUCCAACUCACAGAACCACUCCAGGAGAACUAUGCACUCCCCAUGUUUCUUUCUCCAUACAGGUUAUCAGUCAGAGCUGCCGGGGCUGUUUCAGUGCCCAAACCAGUCUCGAAGCUAGGUUGAAAUGGAUCUAAACUGAAAUAAGGCUAGAUUUUAGACUACUAAAGCAUGUUGCUUAUCAAAAGUGUAUUCCAUGAAAUUAUGUCACAGUAGGCUGCAACCCCAGAGUCGGUCACGACUGGACCUAAUGGUCAGGGGUCCUUUUACCUUUUAGGUCCUAAAAGCCAUUUUCAUAACUCAUAAUGUUUGGACAGUUUUAUCCUAAAGUAUUUCCUACUAUGCUCCAUUAACUGUGUUGUGUUCUGAUCCAUGUAUACGCUGCACUUUUUCUACGCCAAUAAAGGAGAUUGAUUUUUUUAAAAUGUGUAUUGAGAACAUAAAGUAGCAAAUAUGAGGACGUGGUUUCUUAAGAGGAAUAUUUCUUGUUGAAACAAAACAUAAGAAAAUUAUUACUAGAAGAACCAAAAAGGAAAUCCUCAUAUUUGCAUCCAACACACAAUAAAAACAUUUCUUGUACUCAAUAUUAUUUAUUUUCUUUCAUAUCAUAUCCUGUUGUUUAUUUCAUAUCCAGUCUUAGUGAGUUGGUGGGAAAAAGAAUGUAUUGCAUCUAGUGCAGUGUUACAAAUUACAUGCUGGCGACUCAGCAUAUUAUACAACUUUUGACUCAUUUUGCCAUUCUUUUAUUGGCUAACCUAAUAACAUGAUCAAAGGCGGAGAUCUCAAAGGUCAUGUGUCGUCAUCUGCCUGGAUGCAGGUGUUCUUAGCAUCCCCUUUCUGCUGCACAAAGAACCCUCUGAAGCUGCAUUCCCAAAGGCACAGGUGCUCAUUGCUGCAAUAGAAAGUCAGAAAUCUGCCUUGCACACAUGGAAGAACUUUGCCUUCUUGGAUCUCAGCCAGAGUCUUGCAGAGACUUGUUUUCAAUAAGCAUUCUACUCUUGUUCCUUAUUUCAUAUCUUGCUAGAAUUCUUCAAAAAAGGAGGAAUGGAAAAAUAGCUUAAUAUUUUAAAGGCAUAGUAGAUACCCUCUAGAAUAUCUCCGAGAAGGAUUAGAAAGUAAUACAUAUUUGAGGCCUUAAAAACAGGCAUUCUGCUAAAUAAUCUUCAGGUGUAUCCCAGCCCUGCACUUCUGUAAUCCUGUGAGGAUUUCUCCCCAAACACUUAAACACUCUGAAUACACUGGAAAAUGACCUGUUUAUACACCUCUUACAUGUAAUAAUGUCAACAUCAACUUCGUUGGACUGGUCAUGUUGUGUGGAUGCCUGAUGAUCGUCUUCCAAAGCAACUACUCUAUUCCAAACUUAAAAAUGUAAAGCGUAAUGCUGGUGGUCAACCAAAGAGGUUUAAAGACUGUCUCAAGCCAAAAUCUAAAAAAAAAGUACGCUCCAGUUGGAGAACAGCCUUUACCAAAGGUGUCAUGGGCUUUGAAGACACUCGAACUCAGGACGCAAGUGAGAAACAUGCUAAGAGAAAGGCACGCUUGGCAAAUCCACACCAUGAUCAACUCCUGCCCAGAAACCAAUGUCCCCACUAUGAAAGGACAUGUGGAUCCAGAAUUGGCCUCCACAGUCACUUACGGACUCAUUGUUAAAACUGUGUUUAUGGAAGACAAUCUUACUCGGCUACGAGUGAUUGCCAAAAAAGAAGACGACAUUUAGAUAACAUUAGCAGAGAGGGGGAAUGGAUACACUCCCAUAAAGCUCCCUGAGUUCUUUUGUGACCAACAGAUAACUAAGGCAGGAGCUAGACACAUUAAAAAAAAGUUACAAGAAAACGUGUUAUAAAGCUCAUAAUAGAAAAUCACAUGGUGAAAGAUCAAACUCUAUUCCGCCAUCUGGUGUUUAUAAAGCGGUUAUAACUAUAUAAUUGACGAGUAUAGCUGAGUCCUAGGUAACAAGCAAACAGGGUGUAACCCACACAUCAACCUACAUUCUGUGAGCAGGAUAUAAAGUAUUUCUGAGUCUUCUCUUACUAGGCUGUCUGGUGUAAUGUUUAUUUUUCUUCCCUAUUCUGAUUCCAUGUGAUUAAUUGUAAUAACACAUGCUCCCUUUUGAGAUGGGGGUAGGCAUUUAACUUCUUGACAAACUGUUUUCCAUUUUGGAUUUGUGGUGUUAGCUGUUCAUUCCUUAGAGCUCAGUAUAACUAAGAGUUCGAUUUACUAUGUUGGGUCUAAUAAAGCUAAAUGAAAUACCUGGAAUAAAAAUGGAACAGUACCUUUUACUAUGUGUGAAAAAUAUGUAUAAUGAGAUUUAUGUGUUGUGUGUAUCUGUUUCUGCAGUCAAUUAAAUGAGAAACCUUUGCCAGAGGGCUGGGAGAUGAGAUUCACUGUAGAUGGAAUUCCAUAUUUUGUGGAUCACAAUAGAAGAACAACUACCUAUAUCGAUCCUCGUACUGGGAAAUCGGCUCUGUAAGCUUUCUUACUACAAUGUUGUAUUACUUCUACUUCCUUUCUACUAUUGGCAUCUGUUAUACGCACUGCUGAAUAGCCGUACGAUUAAACUUGGUUACCUUUGGUGGUGAAAACAAAUGAUCCUGUUCUUAAAAUGCUAGCAGAGGAUGUUCAACAACUCGCCUAAGGUUUUUUUUAUGUGCUAUUAAAUGUUAAAUACUUACAUUAUUUAUAAAAUAAUAUACAUCAAUUUUUCCUUUAUUACUUAUUUAACCUGCGCUUCAGCGUUUUAUCAGUUUUGUUUCAAAGACCCCAAAUAUUAAAUUUCAAAUCAGAGAAUUCCCAGUUUACUCUUCACUCAUCUAGCUCCCUCUAUCCCCUUCCACCCUUCCCUUUUAAUCACACCUAGUUAAUGGAAUGGUGAAAGUAGGAGAGGCAGUAGCAGUCAGGUUGAGGUAAGAGAAGAGGGGGAAAUAGGAUCAAUCUCUUGCAUCCUUCCCUAAUUGGCUGCUACCAUGCUAGGAGGAAAGCCUAUAGAGGCCCAUGGAAAAUUACAACUCCUUGGUGUACUAGUAGCAUGCCACUAAGUAAAGGGAAGAAGGGAAAUGAUUUUGUUCCUAAGGAAUAAUUUACCUAGCUAUAUUGUAGCUAUAUGCUUCCACAAAAUGAACCUUCCCUUUGUGAAUCAGUUAACUAGGCAAGGAACUGAAAUGGAUGACAAUUCAAGUGAUUUUUUUACUUCUGUUUCCAGAGAUAAUGGACCCCAGAUAGCCUACGUUCGUGAUUUCAAAGCAAAGGUCCAAUACUUCCGGUUUUGGUGUCAGGUAAGUUAUGUUUUAUUUUGGGGAAAGAGUUUUACUGCAAGUUUCUAGUGAGUCCGUUGUCAUAAUCUAUGCUACAUAGUACUGUAUGUAUGUUUCUAAAAGAGCUGCCAGUUCCACAAACCCCCAUGCCCUGUGGGAUUUCAUGAGGCUUGGUGAAUUUGUGGUGGCAGUAACUCUUUUGGACACCCCAAAGAAGAGUUGAGGGAGAGGAUACUCAGAAUCUUCCACUGCACUGUCCUCUACAUUAACAAAUGAAUAUUAAUGAGAAUAACUGUGAUAAUUUGCCAUCAGAUAAAAGCAUUAUCUUAGAGUUUGUCUUACAUGCAAACUCAAAAACAUCCUUGGAGGUUUUUGGCCACAGGGCAGUCAUUAAAUAAUUAAACUUUGUCAGGUGAAAGCAUUAGUAAACUAGAUGAAUGCACAAAGGAGUAAGCUUCUCUCAACAUAAGUUCAAAUUGGAGUUGUUUUACAAAAUAAAGUUUACAGAGCUUCUAUUUUCACUGUGUAUAUUUGGAAUUAUUCAUAAACAUCAAUGGGAAUACCAUCCACAUACAACAACUUUAUUUUACUGGCAAUAUCUAGCCAUGGUGUCAAUGGCCCCUUUUCAAGGAUAUGUGUAUGCAACAAUACACUGGAAGCAGCUAGUACCACACAUGGGAAAAUAAUUCACAGUUGCACCUAUCUCUGUAAAACAGGGGAGGGGAACCUUUGGUCCUCUGGAUAUUGUGGGUCUACCACUCCCAUCAGCCCCAGGCAGCAUGGCCAAUGGUCAAGGACGAUGGGGAUUGUAGUCAAGCAGCAUUUAGAGGACCACAGGUUCCCCACACCUGCCACAGAUGGAAGCACAUCAUUCUAUUCCAUUCAUUCAUGGUAGAUCUGCCCUAUGUGUUAGAUCUGCCUGCAUUCAGAUUCAUAGCUGACGUGCACAUGUGGAAGGGAUAUCUUAGGAUUCUUUUUUUUUAAUCAUACACAGCUGCAUCUGGAACACUUCCAUAUGUGUAAAGACUAUACUGUACAUUCAAACCAGUUCACAUAUGUGCAACCAGGGUUUCUUGAAUUCAGUAUUUUCAUAUACUUUAUCAUCUAUUGUCCUAUUAUGUUGUUAGCUUGUUUUUCAAAUCUGUUUCUUACAUUUUAGCAAUUGGCCCUGCCCCAGCACAUUAAAAUCACAGUGAGCAGAAAAACAUUGUUUGAAGAUUCAUUUCAGCAGGUAAUUGAGCUGUGUUUCAGCACUUAAAGCAUUGUAAAAUGUGUGGAGUAUGUGUAUUUGAUCUGAACUAUAUUUCAGCCCUCUCUAAUCUGUUCAGUGUCAACCUUCCUCUCUAAAUGGCCUAUUAAAUGUUUCAGGGAUCUGCUGAUCCAGAAUAAAUGAGUAAAACAGCAAAACCACCAUAUACCAGUGUCCAUUUUAAUGUGCAUGACUGUGUGAACAAUUAUUAGAAUGUUAAUCUUCUAAUACUUCUUCCACUAAGAUAAUGAGUCUCAGCCCUGCGGACCUACGAAGACGUUUGUGGGUCAUUUUCCCUGGAGAAGAAGGAUUAGAUUAUGGAGGUGUUGCACGGUAGGGAUGUCUUACUAUGUAAAACAAAUAGAACCAUAGGCACUUGAAAUUGUUUGGUAGGAAAGCUUUUUAGACAACUCUGAGGGCUUUCCAUUUUUAAAAACCAUGACCCUUUUCUUUGGAAAGUUCUAUCUAAUUUGGGGUUUAACUUGUCAGUAUCCAGAAAAGGGAAACUUGCAGAUUUAAAGCUGCGUGUGUGUUAUAUACACAACUUUUCAGUAAACAAAUUUGGGCUCUAGUAUCAUGGAUAACAUUAAUAUCAUUGGUGAGAAAGCUUCAGCCUGUGGACCUAAUUAGCUUUCCUAAUUUGACUGGAAACCAUUCCUAUUCAUCCCACGCAUGACAUCACAUGGCUGCAAGGGAACAAUAAGGAGCUUGAAGUGUGCUCUCAAUUGUGCCUUGGCAAAACAUGCCUGCAAAUGGGCAUUUUCCUUCAGCAGACUUCGCUCGUUUGCAGAGGGAAAUUGUCUCUUUACGGGAACACUUUGAGUCCAAUCAGUGCCUACAGAUGGACAAAGCAAGGUUUGCUGUUGGCACCAAUUAGCUGGUCACUGCCAACAGUAGGCCCCUUUGAAGUUGUCACCGAUUUUGACAAGUGGCUGGCACCACCCAGCUGUCAAAGUAGCCUUUGUGGGGAGGACAUGUUCUGGCCUUUGGGUUGAAUCCAGUUCCCUACCCCUGACUUACAUCUUCAUGUGUCCUGGUAAGAUUUGUAUCAGCUGAGUUGGGCUAGACUCACAAUACUUGGUUCUUUAGCUGAUGUAAUAAAAAAAGUUUGAUAACCACUAAAACUGAUUCCUAGUUUUGUGUUUUUGCGGCACUCAAAAUAACCAUACCUUUAGUGCUGGGUCAGUCCUUCAUUAUACAUAUAACUAUCUUUAAAAUGAUUUUAUCUACUCGGGCUAUACUGAUUGUAAGUGUCUAUUCUAAAGCCAAAUAGCCCGGCAUAUCAGUCAAUACACUCUUCAUCUUAAAAAAAUGUAAAGUCAGCAUCAGUAUUUAUGAACCGAACAUCUGAUUCCACAUCAGAAGUCACAGGGCUGCAUCUUGGACAUAAUUAAUUUCACUCAAUAUUGUGACAUUGUUUAAGAGAUGUACAUGGGCAUUUCAAGAAUAGUGUUGGCCUGUUUAUAAAGAGAACCCUGAGUUUCCAUAUGCAAAAGAAAAAUGAUAAGCCUCAGACAGUACCACAUGUAGGAGCUGAAGCCAGCAGAAGUAAAUUGCUAAUUAUCUGCAUCUGAACCUUGAGUAAUCCUAGUCUUUUUAGAAGCACGGGAAUUCUAUAACUGAGAACUACUUUUGGUGUCCUAUCCAAGCACUUGACAUGCUCAUUCCAACUAGCUGUGGGCAGGCUGAACAUAAUAGAUUGCCCCAAUAGUUUUAUGUUAGCUUUGGAGGUUAAAUUAGCACUAUGGAAUCUGUACACAAUGUCUAAACCUAAUACUUGGUUCUUGUGGUGUUGACUGUGAGUUCUUUAUGUGGUUUCAGGGAAUGGUUCUUUCUGUUGUCGCAUGAAGUGCUGAACCCAAUGUAUUGCCUGUUUGAAUAUGCAGGAAAGGAUAACUACUGCCUACAGAUAAAUCCAGCUUCUUACAUCAAUCCAGACCACCUGAAAUACUUCCACUUUAUUGGCAGAUUUAUUGCCAUGGUGAGUUCAGAGCACAAAAUAAUAAAUAGGGGAGUUUCUGGGAACAUAGUAAGGACAAGUUGAAAGUUUCCUGGUAGAAUGAGGAUUUUUUAAAAAAGAAAAUUCUUAAUGUGUAGCAGAAACUCUUAAGUCCGCAUGUGGGGCCAGGGGAACCUAGACUGAAAAAACCCACUAUUGACAAGAGGGAUUACGACGUUGUUUGCAGUGCAGUGCAUUGCACUCUUACACUCUAGUGUAUUUUAAAACAUACCAGGUGCUUAAUUCUGUUUCUUUUCCUUAAUGCUUGCGCCAGUGAAAACAUGCCUGGUCAUGCUUGUGCUGUGUUGUAAAUUUGGUUUAUUAUUUGAUUUUUUUCAAAUUGUUUUAUUAUGAGUUGUGUAUUUUUAAGUUGCACCCUACUCUAGGGCUGGUUUUAAUGAAGUACGGGUUAUAGGCCGCCUGAGUAUAAUAAAUAAUGACUUGAAUCCAUUGAUUUCAAUGGCUAUACUGUUGAGUGUGGCUUUUAUGGAUAUCAUCCAUAUUAACCUACAGCUCCAAAAUAUAUAGUAUCUUAUAGCAAUUUUCCAGUAAAAGCACCACCUGAAAAUUCUGCCUGAGUGGAGGGGGGAAAGCCCUCUUGUGCAAGGGGAAAUCCUUGCACAGGGGUUCCACAGAUGGGAUUCAUUAGGUGAAUCCCACACAUAAUCUGUAUCAUGGGGAAUUAUAGCCUAUUUCACACAGGGAGGGAUUAUACCUCACGUUUUCUGUGCUUCCCCUUUCUCUUGUCACCAGUAACCAUCAACGCAGCACAUCCACCUAAGGAAAUAGUUACUGGUUUUUGAGUGACUUUAAGAUGGCCUUUAAUUCAUUGUUUCUUCCAAAAUCUAGGCUGCAGGCACCUGUUUGCUGGUUAUGAGAUUGACUAGACAAGGAUUGCUAUAAAACAAAUAAUUAAUAGUUUCCAUCUUUUGCAGGCUUUAUUCCAUGUGAAAUUUAUAGACACUGGUUUUUCUCUACCAUUCUACAAACGUAUCCUCAACAAGCCAGUAGGACUAAAGGAUUUAGAAUCUGUAGAUCCUGAGUUUUACAACUCACUCAUCUGGGUAAAGUGAGUUUCUGAAGUCAGCUUCUCAAUUCUUGAAAUAUUGUAGAUGUUAGAAUGUGUGACUUUGUGUGUGGGUAUGUAUGCACAUUUGAAAAUCAGUGCUGUGAUUUGAUAUGUAUGGAUUAGUGUUAAAAAACAUAUUUGCAGUUUGUUUUAAAAGUCAGUUUUGCUGUUCAAGUGUGAUUUUUAAAAAUAAGAACAUUUGCCUCAAAACUGAAGUGAAUAUUGACAUUCCUUAUUUUGCCAGGCAUUAAAUCUUUUUGUAAUAUUUUGUUUGGAUUGUAAACUGCUUUGACCAUUUGUUUUUUAAAAAAUGGGAAGUAGUAAUUAUAAAAUACUUGAUAUGAAAUGUAAAGUACCGUAUUUUUCGCCCUAUAGGACGCACUUUUUCCCCUCCAAAAAUGAAGGGGAAAUCUGUGUGCGUCCUAUGGGGUGAAUACAGGCUUUCGCUGAAGCUUGGAGAGCGAGAGGGGUCGGUGCGCACCGACCCCUCUCGCUCUCCAGGCUUCAGGAAGCUAUCAGCAAGCCUGGGGAGCCUGUGGGAGUUCCCGCAGGGCUCCCCACACUGCGGAUAGCAGCCUGCCGCCCGGCGUGCAAAGCGCCCUGAAGCAGAGCACCCCGCGCGCCGGGCAGACAUCGGCUAGCCCCACAAGCUCGGGGGACAGCGGGGAGGCGCAGCGCCGCCAUCCCGCUGUUCCCUGACCUGGUUUUGGGGGGGGGGGGGAAUAAAGGAAAAAAAUUUUUCCUUUAUUUCCCCCCCAAAAAACUAGGUGCGUCCUAUGGGACGGAGCGUCCUAUGGUACGAAAAAUACGGUAUGUACCUGUUAAAUAUUAUUGUGUGCCAAUUCUGAGGUACUGUAAAUUAUUACUGGAUAGCUAGCAUAGAUACCAAACUUUUUGGUAUACAGAAAAUAUAUAUGAACAUUCAACACCAAAAUUCAGAAACCCUUUUCUCCUUACAAAUUUUUGUAAAUCUCAUUGUAGAAUAUGCCUCCCUCUCCAUUUGUUGAUGAACUAAAGGAAUUUUCGGCUUGUGACAUCAACUUGUUUAAUGAUACUGCUGAUUGCACUUCAUGAAAAUAGGUUUCUGUAGUUAAUAUAUGUGGUAUUUGUUUUGUAGGGAAAACAAUAUUGAGGAAUGUGGCCUGGAGAUGUAUUUCUCAGUUGAUAAGGAAAUUCUAGGUGAAAUAAAGAGCCAUGAUUUAAAACCCAAUGGCAGCAACAUCCUGGUUACUGAGGAAAACAAAGAGGAAUACAUUAAGUAAGUUCAAAGUUGGUUUGCAAGUUUAUUUUAUCUUUUAACCAUUUGUUUUUUAAUUAUAUAAACUUUCCCUUUUUAAUGUUUUGGAAGUAUUAUCAAACCUCUUCAUGAAGGCCCACAUGUAAAAUAGAUGUGGGCUUAUCAGUAAAAUAGUCAAAUUGCUACAUCAAAGCUAGUCUUGCCUGAAAUACAGCGUGAGCAUAUUCAUGCAUAGGAAGCUAUCAUGAUUGGUGUUCUAUAGUCUUAAGCAGUAACCUCUGCCUGUGUCGCACGGCACAGUGUUGUAAUUCUGCCAUGGAGGUGGACCUUCCACUGCAAAUUCAAUGUCUUGUUUACUAUAAUACCUACUACAAUUUAAUUAAUUUUGUUGCUCAUCAAAAAUCAACAUUUUCAGACUUGGUUGGGCCUGUUUGGAGUAACUGUGUGUUUUCAUACUCCAGGCUAGUGGCAGAGUGGAGACUUUCCCGGGGUGUUGAAGAGCAGACACAAGCUUUCUUUGAAGGUUUCAAUGAGAUCUUACCACAGCAGUACUUGCAGUACUUUGAUGCAAAAGAGCUUGAGGUAUGUCUAAUCCUUUGGGCAUAAGGCUUAGUUGAGAAAUGGUUAGCAUAUUUGAGGGGCUUAUAAAUGCGGUGCACUUUUAUGACAUGAGUCAUAGCAGAGUUAUAAUAAAGAUGUUGCAGUUUAGUUAACCUGGAGUAGCCAGACAUUGUGGACUACAACCCAGCCAGCAUUGACUCUGGUCAGGAUAGUUUCAUAGCACCUGGAGGGCAUCACACAGCCUAAUUCAAAGGUAGACAAUCACCUUAACAUGGCAAAGUAUAUUUUAACAUGUUUUAACACAGAGGCACAUCGCCCUGUACAUAUGAAACUCUUCUAAACAAGGGUGCUACAAUUGUGUUUAAAUACUUGGACAACUGAGCUAGAAAAUGAAUUCCUAAAUGCACCAUAUCUAGAAAGAUACUAACUCUUCAUUAACCCUUUGAGUAUCUAAGAGAUUCUUACAUCAUCUCUUACACCAACGUAUCAUGGCAUCAGAGUUUCACUAACCUAGCUGGUGUUCAACUAUUUCUCUUCAAAAAGGUGUUGUUGUGUGGAAUGCAAGAGAUUGACUUGACUGACUGGCAAAGGCAUACCAUCUACCGACAUUAUACCAGAACAAGCAAGCAAAUAAUGUGGUUUUGGCAGGUUUGUAUUGCAGCAAAAAUUGUGCCAAAUGUACCACUAAUGGAACUUCUGGGAAUCUAGGAUCUCUUCUGUUCUUGUUCCAAUAGUUACCUAAGUAUUAGCCCUAUAAACUUAAGAUUACAGAAUCCCAACAGAUUUCAGAGGGGGAGCCAUGCUAAGACUGUUGCUGCAUAAAUAACAGGAGUUUUGUAGCACCUUAAAACUGUUUCUGGUUUAUACCCAGCUAUAGAUGCUACUUGACCCUGUGCAUGUCCCAAUUGUUCAGCCUUUCUUGCUCAUCUAAAAAUGGGAAAAGUAGCAGCUUUCCUACUGGAAUUAUGUGAGGGAUAGUAAAAAUACUUUAAGCAUAGGAAGUUGCCUUACACUUAGUCAGAACAGGGUCCAUCUUGCUCAGUAUUACCUUAAUUGUAGAGUACAUUGAUGGGCAGUGGCUUUUCAAGGUUUAGGACAGCAGUCUUUUUCCAGUCCUAUCUGGAGAUGCCAGGGAUUGAAGCUGGAACAUUUUGCACGUAUACUACAAGUUCUAUGUAUGAAAAAUAUGGCAAUAGUUAAGCCAGACUUAGGUGACAAAAUUAAAAAUGAUAGUAUAUAAUGGCUGACAAAAACUAAGGUACAGUGUCCUUUGGCAGUCUUUUUAAAGUGAUCUUAUGUGGCUGCUACUUUGUGGUUGCGUACAAACUAUUCUAUGGAUCUAUAUGUUCAGAACUGUGCAAAAAUGUUUCUUUUUUUCAAAUCCUUUCUUUACCUGGGAAUGAGAUAACAAACACUGAAGAAUGUGGGCAUCUCCAGGCUUGGAAAAAGAAAUCAUGGAUGAGGAGGAAAGGCUUUUUUAAAUUUAUUUUUUUAGUUACCUCUUAGGACAUUUUACAGUCUUUAAACCAUACAAAAUCUUCAGUGGAAUACAGCUAACACCAGUGAUAUCUCACACUAAUACUUCAGAAGCUUAUCCAGGCACUCUAGUGAAAUAAGCUUCCUUGAAAGGCUUUUCCACUACUAUUCCCCAUGGAAGCUGUCUUUGUUUUCCCUAUGCCUCUAUCCUUGUUCCUUCCACUACCCUUUUACCAAAAAAUAGAACCUCAAAACACAAGGAUAUGAGAAUGGAUUAUAUAAAUGUUAUUUGUUUUUAAGCCUAGAAUAGGGAUGGGGUCUGUACAGGUAUUUUAAAUGUGUUCUUUUUCAGUUUGUGAAGGACAUAGAUAAUGAGAAGAGGAUGAGACUACUACAGUUUGUUACUGGAACAUGCCGAUUACCAGUUGGAGGAUUUUCUGACCUCAUGGGUAUGCAAAAUUAUUCCUAAGUGUGCAAGAGCCAGGAUGACACUGUGUGUCAGAAUGUUGGCUUGAGUUGCCAGUUCAAAAUUUUGGGAAAAGGUGUUCUUUGAAGUAUGGUGGUCCCAAGGCAUAUAGGGUCAAAACCAGCACUUCCAAUUAGGCUUGGGAGCAAAUUGACUUUCUACUCAGGCCAGAAUUGGUGGCCUGAGUGGUCAAAGCAUAUAUCUGGCUGCCAAAUUCUGCCCUACUUAUGGUUUCCAAAUUGUCUUCAAAAGCAGCCCAAUGUAUAAAGCAUUGCAAUAAUUUCAUCUAGAGGCAUAAUAAUAAUAAUAAUAAUAAUAAUAAUAAUAAUAAAUUUUAUUUAUACCCCGCCCUCCCCAGCCAAGACCGGGCUCAGGGCGGCUAACAACCAAUAAUAAAAAUAAGUUGAUUAAAAUACAAUUUAAAAAACAAUAUUAAAAUACGUUAAAACAUUAGGAUGCAGCCUCUUCACAGGAGGAGAAAGGAAAAAGAAAGAGGGGGAGGGAAUCAAACUGAUUCUAAGCCAAAGGCCAGGUGGAACAACUCUGUCUUACAGGCCCUGUGGAAAGAAAUCAGAUCCCGCAGGGCCCUGGUCUCAUGAGACAGAGCGUUCCACCAGGCUGGAGCCAGUGUUGAGAAGGCCCUGGUUGAAGCUAAUCUAACUUCCUUAGGGCCCGGGACCUCUAUGGUGUUGCUAUUUAUGGACCUUAAGGUCCUCCGUGGGGCAUAAAGCACUUUAUGACUCCCUGGUCAUUUCUGACCCAUGUAAGAGCUUUGCAUGACAAUAUUUUACCAUGCUGUAGUGGCAAUGCCACUUACUGGGAAGAUUUUGCUGACAGGAAUUCAAUAGUAUGACCAGUGUCUUCUAUUGCCAUAAAAUACAUCUGAGUUCUUAAAACGUUGAGAACUCGUCUUAGGGUUACUUCUUAUCAAAUGCAAAUGUCUGGGCCUAAACUGAUUUUAUUUUCAAUGUGUAUUUAGUUAUGAAAAAAAAAUUGCAAUUUUUAUUUUCCCAUAUCCUGUAUUAUUAUUAUUAUUUUAUUUUAGGGAGUAAUGGACCUCAGAAGUUUUGUAUUGAGAAAGUUGGCAAAGAAAACUGGUUACCUAGAAGCCAUACCUGGUGAGUAAAAUAUAUUAGAUGAGAUUUGUGAUUCUGAUACUUCUUUCUACAGUUGAUGAUCCUAUUUGGCAUUUAAAUAAGAGAUGUAGCACCACAUCACGUUUUUUAGUUAUACACAUAAUAUGUAUAAAAUUACACCUUAAUACAUGGCACACAUAUGAAUGUGACAUACAACAUUGUCAAUAUGCAUCAUAAAAAUAUAAUCAACUGGAGCUUCUUAUUAACUGUACACUUGAUAGCAAACUCAUGUUUGACUCCACAAAAUGUGUGUGGUAGCCCAGAGAGCCAAAGUUUCUGGUUUAAAAAUGAGCACUUAAAGUAAGUCUGCUGUAUAGCUAUCUUUACUUUUGCUCAACCUAUGUUGAUUUCAUCUCAAAUGACAGGUGUACUGUAUUUUUUAGAUCAAAUUCACAAGAAAUGUGAGUAAUUUGGUUUGUGUAAUUGGUUGCUUAAAUCCGUUUCACAAGGAAUCAUUAGGGUCCUGUAGCCUCAACACUAGACACACAAAAUCAUGUGUUGCCUUUAGCAAAUGGUGUGCCUUCAUACAAAACAUAAUUUGGUAUUUAAGAUGUUCUUUGCUGCUUCUUAAUUUACCAUAUUGUCAGAUGCCAAAAUAAACAUUUCAAGCAUGUUGAGAGCAUUGCUAUACCAUUCUACAUGACAGUCCUUGAUGAGGCUCUCCUUCACUCUGUUUUAGAUAUAGAUAUUCUUGCCUGCCCAGGAAUGAAAAGUUGUGAAAACGUUUUUUUUAAAAACAACAACCAGUAUUGAAAAACAGAUUCAUUCACAGUCCUUUUAAAAUCAGUGUUCUCUAAGGUCUUGGGAUAUAAACAUAAACUUACUCUGAAAUUGAACCUUUCACUUCAGCUGAUAUAAGUGGGGGAGGAGACAUUGCUCACUUCCCUUUGCAGUGGGAAAUGACACUGCCAGCUGCAGGGGGAAGGAGAAAUUGGAAGAGGCACCCAUCUUCUGCCAGUAGGAUUCCUUGAUUAAAAGUUUUGUAUGUGCAGAAGGAGCCCUUCUGUUCAUUGAGGGCAGCGUCUGGAUUCAACCCUGUGGACAGUAUGUUCCUAAUAGAAUGGAACAGAUUAGCACGCAAGAUAGAAACCUGGAAGUUCACAGUAUUGUACCUAGGUUGCUGCUGUGAACCAAAGUUGAGGAAUAAUGUCAGAUAAUUAUGCCUCUCACGUUUUAAACUGUCAAUGGUGUAAAUAGUGGGGAACUUUUGUUCCUGUGUUUGUGGGUUAAUUAUUCAAAUGAAAGUGAGGUUUGCUGCUUAUUUUCAGUUUCAACCGCCUGGACUUGCCGCCAUACAAGAGUUAUGAACAACUGAAGGAAAAGCUGUUGUUUGCAAUAGAAGAAACAGAAGGAUUCGGGCAAGAAUAACAAUUGGGGAGAAUUUGCACCUGAAGAAUGUUAAGUCAUAUAUGGUGUGAGUUCUUCACUGCCUCUGCUAGUUGCACUUCUUACUGUAAACAGGACUUGACCUUGAUUUAUUUAAACAAUUGCUAGUGUGUAAGUAAAUGGAUGUUAUCCUGCCAUUUUAUUCCCACUAAUUAUUGAUUUCUCCUGAGUCCCUUUGCGAAAUCCAAGAAUAAUACAACUAUAAAUGAAAUCUUCCCUAACCAGAGGCUUCCUGUACUUCUGGGGUUCUGUCCUGGGUCAUGUUCAUUAACUGGAAUGUGUUCUUGACUUUUUAAAAAAAGUUACUCUGUUAUAGUAGCAUCUUUUUGCUGCUGCACUACCCAUCCUACUGCUAACAGUGCUUCCUUGCAAUCAGACUCUGGAGGUGCUGUAAACAGAUCCAUUGCUUAUGUUAACUGUUUCUUACCCAAGUGAGAUCUAACUGUGUUUGCCUUCCAAACUUUAUUCCCGCAUCACCUCAGUUCAAGCUGCAGAGUAGGACCUGAAAAGCUAAUGCACACUUACAGAGCAUAGCACUUUUAUUUAUUUAACCAUGAUGAUCACAUUCCUCAGGUUUAUCCCUACAUUUGAAUGUGCUUCUUCAGAUUCAUAGGAAUUUUAACUUAUUCUUGACAACUUUAGUAGCGAAUUUAAAAGAGAAUACAAGGUCUCUUUAAAAGGCAGCAGCUGGAAUUCAUUUCCAGUCCUCUUUGUAGGCGAAUGCCUGAAAUGAACAACUCUUGUUUUCCUCUGAAUGAGGGAAUAUCACUUCCAAGUAGUGGCUGAAUCAUUGCCAUGAAACCGCCACUUUAAUUUCUCUGGGGCUGCAAUCCUGUGCACAUUUGCUUGGAAGUGAACCUCACUGAGCACAGUGAAACUUACUUCUGAGUCAACAUGCAUUGAAUUGUAUUGUAGGAAAUAGAUGUGCAAUAGUGGAAUUCUUGAAAGAAUCCAAAUUUUACAUUGGAAAACCCACCCAGUAACCCUUUAGAGGAUGGAGACUGUGCAUCUUCUAGGCUAGCACUCUGAGCGGCUUCUUACAGGCAGCUUGUGCUGCCCUUGAUUUUAAAUCUGAUUUGCGCUUCAGUUAUUUAUAUUAUCACAAUUUCAAAACUUCCAUCAUAGCUUACAACAGUACUUAAACUACACUCCCAGUUUUGGAACGAAAGCACUUUGUUCUUUACCCCAGCUUGGCUGCCUUGUAUCCUUUCCUCCAGGUUGUUAUAAUUCCAUGGUGUGCAUGCAGCUGUGAAAUGGGAGAAGUGAUGAUAUUUGAACCGGCAGUAGUGCAUGUUGAUAACUAUAUACUUGCAUUGUUCUGCUGUGCGCAGGCAGCAAAGUUUGAAAGCUUGCCGUGACAGUUGAAGAUCAAACAUUUUUGUCUUGGUAACAAAUAUCAUCUUCCCCAUCCAGACUUGGAGGGGUGGGGGCAAGGAGGGGGGAGACUUAAUUCAGGGCUAUUGAAAGCUAGUGGGCUCAACCAUUUUUACAACUGUCCGACUUUAGGACUCUUCUGUGAAGUAAUAUAAACAGCCCAUUUCCCCUCGGCUGGAGCUUACAAGAAGAGGGUAAUAGAACAUGCUCUCCUUUUCCUCCCUUUCAGUGUGUCUUCUAAUAUAUAUGUGUAGAAGUUUUCCCCUUACACAAAUGGCCUACUGCUUCUGUGGGUAGAGGACGCAUGUGUGAAUGCUGGAGAUAUGUCUACCUAUGCCACCUAUCAGAACACCUGAUGGGUGUAUUAGAAAUAUAGCUUACGGAGGAGAAAAAGCCUUAGAAAUAUUUCGUUUAUUGAUUUUAAUACAUCUUAGUUAACUAACAUUUACAAUACAGAAAUGAAAUGAAGUAACCAAGAGUAAGCUAUGGAAAAUAGUCUGUUCUCCAUAAUGGCUCAUGAUUUGUUUAGGGACCUAGGAAUAUUGUUAAUGUAUAAAUAUCAUUCAAAAGGCUUUCUGCCCUAUAUUUUUAAAAUAAAGAGUAGUUCUAAUUGAAAUAGCUGAAGCCCUAGUUCUAUAGGGCGCAAGGCUGUUUAAUAUUUUUAUGGCUCAGAUGUUUAGUUCAGGAAAAAGUAAAAGCUUGUAUAUAUUUUUGCAGUCUGGGGGUCUAGCUUCUUCAAUUUAUUUUAAUUUAAAUGGCAUGUUUAUUUGUCUUUACUGCUGUAUUACAUGGGUAAUGGGGGCUGGAUAUCCCAAGCACAAGAAAGUAUUUUGAACACUCAAAACUGAGGAUAUUUAAGAAAUGGAAUCUUGACCAUGAAGUAUUGUUAAAAGAGAUUUGUUGUUAAGCAUUAUGCUUGCAAUAUUUCUAAGAUCAGAAUGAAAACUUACUUUUAAAGUCCCUUUGCAUUGUAAAUUCUAAAUUCUGUUAUUUUUAUGCCAUGUAAUGUUGCAAUAAUAAAAAGUAAUUUGAGCAGUCGGCGCACUCUUCUCAUUGUGGGAACCUGGGAGACUUGUGGAAGCACAGUUUGGUUUGAUGGGCGACGGAUUGAAAUGAAUUGGAUUGCAACAAGUCCUUUCUGCAAAUAUUAAGACUUGUCUGCUUCAAACAGCUUCGACAGCAUGUGGACAGCAAUAACAACCACAUUCUGCUGCAUGCGUGUGAUAACAUCACAAUCUGACUGGAAACAUUAAUCAAUUAUUUGAAUUUUUGCCUUAUGAAAGUACGUACUUCAACCUACAGAUCUUAAUUUUUUCUAAGCCUUAUCUUUCUGGAAAGCUCAGGAUAGGUUGUAUGGAAUUUACAUUUCCAGUUUUUAGUGUGUAAGGUUUCAUGAUCAGCCAUUUUCAUUGUGUAGCGCUCUUGAUUCAUAUUCAUCAUAAAUACACACUACAGCAGGGUUUGAAUUGAAGCUCCAUUCAGUGCAUUGGUAUCUCCAGCUCCUUUUGUGAUGGUCUGUCACGUCCCCCCCCCUUCGCCGCCUUGGAAUCAUUGUUAUGUAUAUGUGCCCUAGCUAACUAGUUUAUGAACUGGGAUCAGAGGCACUGGAUUGUAAAAUACUGUACUGGAAUCCCAUUGUUAAAUUUUCCUUGAACUGUAAUUUCAAAUACUCAGGUAACUGUAAAAGUCUCUCACCAAGUCAAACUUUUAUAAAAGUACUGAAAAGUUGGUGGUGGUUGUCAUUCCUUGUAUGGUGUGAAAUGUUUCUCUUAAAAGCAUUAAACAAUGCAACAACAGUCACUGAGCAACGUACAUUCACUCUAAUCG